CUGCAUUCCAGCAUGGCGCUGCAGCCCGGCAGUGGAGGAGCUGCGCACUGAGAUUGCAGCGGCCCCGGGGACCUUACGGAGCAGGAAACUCCGACUAACCCCCUUCACUACUAUCACUGGAUCUCUCACCCAAUUCUCCAGACGGCACCCAGGUAAGAGCUGUACUCUGGAUAACUCUUCACACCCUCCCAUCGUCAACCCCAGGAUACUUACACCCCCCACCCCCUUCCCCUCUAUCUCAUGUCAGUGGUAUUUAAAUCCCCCUGGCAGUAUUACCUCCCCCAGCCCUAUUAUCCACCCCAGGGUAUUUAAAUCCCCUGACAGUAUCCCCCAGCCCCACUAUUAUCCACCCCAGGGUAUUUAAAUCCCCCGGCAGUAUUACCCCAGCUCCCACCAUUAUCCACCCCAGGGUAUUUAAAUCCCCCUGACAGUAUUACCCCCCAGCCCCCACCAUUGUCCACCCCAGGGUAUUUAAAUCCCCCUGGCAGUAUUAUUCCCACCCCCAUUAUCCACCCCACGGUAUUUAAAUCCCCCUGGCAGUGUUUUCACCAUCCCAGGGUAUUUAAAUCCCCCUGGCAGUAUUAUCCCCCCCAUUCUCCACCCUAUGGUAUUUAAAUCCCCCUGGCAGCAUAACCCCCUCAUUCUCAAACCCAGGGUAUUUAAACUCCCCAACAAUCCCCCAUCUUAUGCCAGUGGUAUUUAACCCCCCUGGCAGCAUGAGCCUCAUUUCUCUACCCCAUGGUAUUAAAAUCCCCCUGGCAGCAUUAUUCCCCCUCAUUCUCAUCCCCACGGUAUUUAACCCCCUACGACAGCCUGCCUUCCACCCCCUGACAGCAUGCUUCUCCCCCUUAGAGCUGCAGAAAACACUUUGUGGAUGGUAACUCUAUCACACACCAUCCCAUACCUUUGCCCCCCUGCAGCCACUUAUUCCAAAUGGAAGAUAAUUCUGCCUCCCCAUGGGGUAGAACAGACUUUUUAUUUGCCCCCUAGUGUGAUGGAAUGAGCAGUGGGCAGUGAGUGCUUUGCUCUAACUCAGUGGAUUGUAUAGUUUAAGGGGGGCACACAGGGGUUAACCUCUUUCUGUGGCAGUACUUCCAAUAGAGGGUUAAAAAAAUGUUUUUGUUCUGUGCCCACCCCACCUUGGUGACUUCAGUAUUGUCCCCCACUGUCCUUCACAGAAUUUGCAGCCCCCCUGUCCCCCCUAUCUUUGCCUCCUGGAAAUGCCACGUAGGCUUUAGUGACUGCAGAUGGAGAGAGAGAGAGGAUCCUGCGCCCUCCCAACUCACUUUUCUCCCCUCCUCCUUUUUUCUCCUUCUUACUUUUUUCAUAUGUAUUUUCUUACUUCAAGGCCAAUCGUCUUGCUUUAAAAUUUUCAACUAUAUUCCCUUAUUAUGUGCCUAUUGAUCUCCCAUUAGACGGGUGCAACCCCCCUCUCCCCUACAGUCACAACAAAGGGCUAUUGACUUUUUGUAUGACGUCACCCCACGGACAGUUACUUGCUGCGGGCGGGCUCUAAUGUCAGUAAAAAGGGGGUUGGUGGGGGUUACCAGGGUCUAGGAUUAUUGCUAUUCAGGGACCGAAUUAGUCCUCUGGAUUUAGUAUAGAUGGACACCCCCACUCCCCCCCCCCCCUUUCCUAAACUUCUCAGCCCCAACCCUUGUAGUUUGAUGUUGAAUGUGUGUUGCUUAAAAAUGUUUUUCUAAACUUUGUAAAUGAAAGGGAAAACAAAGAAACUGCAAAAAAAAAAAGAGCCCCACGUGAUGCAUUUACUCUUACAGUGCCCUGCAUUACUUGGCACUUCCAUGGAAGUCGAUGUUUUAUGAAGUGAUAAAAACAUAAUGACACUUUUACUCAACAUUCCUUUAGCAAUAUAUUCACAGAUGUGCUAGUUAAAUAUGAAAACCCAAGCUGCUUCUUAAUCUAUAGCAUUUGGAGUCAGCGUUUUUCAGAUUUGCCUUAAUAAAUAUGAUCUGUGGUCUCCAGACCAAGAGACCAGGGAAGUGAAGUAGAAGCAUUGAAAUGAUCUUGUAAUAUCCAUCACAAUGUUUACAGAUCAAUUAAUCUAUUGAACAGAACACCUGAUUGCUGUCUGUGGUUUUCUAUAUAAUCUCUUAGGUGUAUUUUUACCGGUUAUGUAUCUCAUUGAGUUACUUGGAAGAACUUUGUUGAAAUGUAGCAAUACUUUACAAAUAUGACAUAAUAAUUACAUUUGCCCUCUAAAUUUUUUUUUUUUUUUGAAUGUCAUUCUUUUGUCUCCUACCCAUAUAAAAAUUGAUCUUGAAAACUGUUUAAUCAAUUCAGUGGUUUAACCCCUUAAGGACCAAACUUCUGGAAUAGGGAAUCAUGACAUGUCACACAUGUCAUGUGUCCUUAAGGGAUUAAGGCAGGAUCAAUUUUUUUUUUAAAUCUUUUGUUAAUCUAUAAAAGUGACCCUUUAUACAAUAUCCACUGUAGGAUACAAUCAGUAUAAGUCCCUUUGUAGCCACUCCAGAACAUAACUAGUUUGUCUAGCAACUUUGUGUUACUGUUCACCAUACAUAAUUUCAGCUAAAGGAUCCAACAAAAUGUAUUAACACCUUGUUCUAAGUGUCUGUCUAUGAGUGAUGGGGCAGUUUUACUGCCACUGCAUAUUUACAAAACUCAUUCUUUGUCAUAGGACUAAACCUCACUUUCUAGGACUGAUGAGCAUUUUAGAGAGAAACUAUACAGUCAAUCAUUUGCUUUUCCCCUGAUUUCAGUGUGAUACAAACUCGUUUUCUAUUGAGACAGAAUUGUUACGUUGUAAAACAAAAAUGGUACUUUGCUGUUUAUUUGCAUUUGGUUUGACACACAUACAUGUUUAUACAUUGAAGCAGUGAUGGCCACCCUCGCUUCUCCAGAUGUUUUCAUACAUCAGCUACUAGCCCAGCUGUGCAUGAAACAAAAAUAUGAGUUUGCUAACUUUAGCCAGGGCCUCACAAAGCAGACUUUCAAAUGCCAUGCAUACAUUCCUCGUAAGUUUCAGCUUUUUGUGAUUAGAUUUCUGGCGUACCCAUUUUUAUAUAUUCCUCAUGGAUGCUGCAGUGGGCUGUCUUCGUUUUACAGCGGUUUCCAUAUUUAAGUGUUAGAAAGUCCAAGUUCGUCUCUGGCCAAAGCAGACAUUGUUCCAGUUUAACAGCUGUGCGAUUGGCACCCUCUGUCUCUUUCCUCCAUACAAAUUCACCUCCAAAUUCUCCUUUCUCUAAACUAUCCCAGUGCGUUGGGGUUGAAUUCCAUUACCGUGAAUCAAUGACCAUCUUGUAAAAUGUAGCACGAGAUCUACAAAGCAGGAUGGAAAUAUCUAUGAUCCCUCUAUCUUCUGCUUACAUUUUUCCACUCUUAAAGUAAGGGGAAAAAACUGUUCUCUUUGCACAUUAUUCCACAGAACAAGCUGCCACAAGUGGAAGGCUUUUGUACAUAAUAUAUUGUUUUAACAAGUUUACUACCCCCUCCCAGUACACUUGGCCUGGGUUAUACUUAGGCACUACCUUGGCAAUGGCAUUGAAUAAUGAAUGUCUAGAUGUGUUUUCUGGCAGACCUCCUCUGACUAUAAAUAGCCCUUUCAAAAAUGAGUAAGCUAAUACUCUGCUAGGCUGGAUUUAUUUUCUCUCCAUAUAGAUUUUCUUGCUUGCCCAUAGAAACACAGUGACUUCCUUGUUCUGUCUCAGUAGCUCUAUGAUAUCGGAUCUCCUUCACCUAUCGUUGUAAUAUUCAAGGAUGAGCUGGCUUUUUUGUUUAAGGUUUAAACUUAAAGAGGAAAUACUUCUUGCCUGAAAUGAGCAGUGAGGAAUUGUUUGCAUAUAUGUAUAUAAUGAAGUAGGGCAGAAGUCGUGUGGAAUGACCAUAGACAUAGGUGACCCUUCACAAAGUAUCAUCGGGUGUCUACAAGAGCUGGACCUUGCGUGCGUCUGCUGAUGGUCUAGAAGUAAAAAUAGGGAGGUUUGGGCCUAAGAUUUCACAGGUGUCUCCUCUCCUGACCUGUGCUUUGAAUGACUGAAGGUGGUGGCAUGUGAACGUGUUGCGCUGACUCAGAUUUGUACCAUUUAUCCCAUUUCUUCCUCACAUUAAAUCAGGGGUUUGAAUGGACACUCCAAUCAGCUGAGGUGUUUUUAGAGUUAACUGCAUGUCCCACCCCCUGCCUCCCCCCCCCCCACCCAAGACCUAUUUUAUAAAAAUACACACUUUUAAAAAACAAAAUGGCACUUUUAUAAAUGACCUUAGUAAUCAGAGCUUGUCCGAAACCACAGGAAUAAAGAUGAUCAAUUCUUCCAAAAUUCUUACAUAUGUAUUUUGUGUGUGUGUAAGGAUGUUAAUGCAAUUUUGGGUGUUUCUCUGUAUUAGGUGCCUGGUGUUUGAUUCUAUUUACCUUGACCAAUAAGGAAAUACAGAGUGGUAGUUUCAUUUCUCAACUAAAAAUUUUUCUAUGGUAACAUAAUACAACAGAUAUUUCAACACUGCCUCUUACAUAUAGUUCACCUAUGUAUUCCUUGUGAGUACCAAAGAGUUUGUUUUUUUCUGUAUUUAUUUCCUUGUAAGAUUAAACUGUAAAAGGAAAGGAAUGUAAGCCUUGUGUGUGUUAGGGGUGUGCUAUUGGGCUUUAAUAUACUUUUGUAUUUAGAAUUGCAGUAGGGUCUGUUGAGUAUGACACACAUUUCAGUCUAAAGUGAAAACUUUUGAAUUGUUUCUAUCAUGUUUGGUUAUUUGAUUAUGUAGCCUGUGAUAUUACUAAUGAAUGGAUCUAACAUGCACCUGUCAUGCCUAGCAUAACGUGGUGUCACUUUACCAACAUUAAUUUAUCCUCUUCAUUGUAUUAGUCUAUUUCUAUAUUGACAGGAAAUGUAGACCUUUUUUGGCUUCCUUCACCAGCUGUCAAUCAGUUCUUAUUUUUUUUUUUUUUCUUCCUAAAAAUGGUUAGAACCAAUGCACCCUAGAAAAACCCUCCUUCUUCAGGCAGUGUAGUUGCUGUGAUUAACUGUGCCUUGCAAUAGCUUACUUGUGCAUUAUUUAAGAUGGAGCUUCUGAGACUGGGGGAGCCCUGCAUUGGCACACGUCUGAUGGGUGGGUUGAGGGGGGAAAUGUCUAAGGACUUAUCAUUGCACAGUAAGCACUGCAUUGAGCUGUUCUAGUUAUGGCACUCAGUGUCUCUUUAAAAAAAAAAUGUAAUUAUGCAAAAGGAACUAACUUAGCCGCAUGUCCAUUGUAAAAUUGUGUGCUUUAAACCGUUGCUGAAAAAGUCACAUGAAAAAAAAAAUUGUAGCUGCACUAUAUAUUUAUUCAUUCAUUUUAUGUAUUGCAUUUUAUAUAGUGUAAAUCUAAAACUUCACUUGAGGUUUAUUCUUUUGAUAGAGGCAUUUUACAUUUUUGUAUUUAUUUUUUUUAGUUUUUUUUGUGUGUCCUUGAGGGGUAGCACUUAAUUUUGAUAGUACCUUUACAUUAAUCUAUUAACUAUGAAGCAGAAGCUGAAUGUAGCAUUAAAAAGCUAGUUUAAAACUAGGCCGUUUUUCACCUUUCCCUCUUUGCAUGAGGACAUCCAGCGUCCUCUAAAUCCAGAUAGGAGAGCAUUAAUUCAAUGCUUUCCUAUGGGGAAGGCCUAGUGCACACACGUCACUCACCGCGCAUGCAUAUUGGGGUCCUUCCAGGUGCUAAUGUCAGAGAAGGCUGAGCCAGCGCCCAAGAUACUUCGGUGCGAGAAUCAGAUGAGUGAAAGAAAGGGUUAUUUAACCCUUUCAAGGCUGUGGAGCAGGCAGAGGAACACUUUUGUGUUAGGAAUACAACUUUGUAUUCCUACCACUGUAGUGUUCCUUUAAUCAUUGUAUUACUAUAGUUCUGGUAGUUGUGGUUUUGAUGACAGAAUAAUUUAGAUUAACAGUCCAGACAUUAUCAAAAAUCCACUCACUAUUUGCAUUCCAAGUCUAUCUGGUUGACCAAAAGGACCAUUUUUUAAAAAGCACUACCGAUGCAUAGCGUGUAUGUUUGUAGAAAAAAAAAAAACAUAUCCUCCCUGCAGUUAGUGGGUCACAGUCAAGCUGUGGUUGAAGCAUACUGAUGUUAUGCUGCCAGGAGUGUCCUGGUGUCGUUGUAUCCCUCUCCCCAUGUAAGCAGUCAAACGGUUUGCUGGUUGCUUGACAAUUUAGUUAACAGUUCAACCCCUGAAGGUAAGCUGGUACCAGGGACCUCCUGCCACCAUAACAACUUAAUUCUGAUGAAGUUGUUAUGGUGUUCGGAGUGUUGCUUUAGCAUGCGGACAUUUAAAUGUUGAAAUUUGUGAAUACAUUUACACAGUUAAAUAGACACUAGAGCUAGAUGCAAAAAUGUAGAAAUUAUAACUUAGUAUCUAUUUUUUUAAUUUAGGGAAGUAUAUUUUAAGAACAAACUCUAAUUUUCAGCACCUGUGAUCAGGACAUUGCGUGGAUGUAGAAGAAUGGUUGGAACCGCUUACUUGGCCAAAUUCUCUGCAUACUCGUAUGCAACACUCUAAGAGUUUAUGCAAGCCGCUAAAUACUCUUGGGGUGACACCCCAUAGCAUUGCUGACUGGCAUGGCGCAUGACAUCCCAAAGGCUGCAACUCUCCUAUAAACAUGCGUGGUCACACCUCAUGAAAACAUUUCUUGAGAAGCGAGUGACAUCUGCUUUUUAAGACAUUGUGAUUUGUUUCUUCCUCUGGUGGAUUGUGAAAUCUUGCGUUGUAUAAUAACAUUACAAGAGAAUAAUAGGGAUGUAUUCUUCAAGUUAAGUUUGACACAAAUCACAUUUAGAGAAGUUUGUAUGUAUAAAAAGAGCUAUUGAGAAAAUUGUUGGGAGUUCAAAUUAGGAGUUUAAACUAGAUAGCCAAAUUGAAAACAUUUUUAUUUCAGAUAUUGUGGCCUGAAAUUUGCUUUGAGUUUCUAACAUUUCACACUGUAUCGAAUAUUCAUAUAAUGUAUACGAAUGCGUGAAAAUACAUGCAUCAGUGCUUCAAUGGCUCAGAAUACAAGAAUUUCAAAUACAAAAAGCAAGGCACUUCUGGGAUAACGUAAUGUUUUUUAUUUAUUUAAAUGUCCAGUAGCUUACAAAUGUACGAGCAAUUUGUUCAAAUUAUAUGUGAGUUGGCACUUUAAGCACCAUAAUCACUGAAAAAGUUGAAUUCAGGUGUUUCAAUCAAACCGAUUGCCAUAGGUGUAUAAAACCAAGCACCUAGCCAUUCAGCUUGCAUUUACAAACUUUUGUGAAAAAAAUUAGUUCGUUCUGAAGAUCUUAAUGCAUUCAAGCGUGGUACUGUGAUAGGAAACCAUCAUUGCAAAAAGUACGUUUGUGAAAUUUCAUCCCUGUUAGAUAUUCCACUGUCAACUGUAAGUGGUAUUACUGGGAAGUGGAAGCAUUUAGGAUGAGCAGCAACUCAGCCACGAAGCGGAAGACCACGUAAAGUCACGGAGCGGUGUUACUGAUUCCUGAGGUGCAUGGUGUGUAAAAGUCGCCAAUGCUCUGCUGAAUCCGUAGCUGAAGAGUUCCAAACUUCCACUGACAUUAAUAUCAGCGCAAAAACUGUGUGGUGGGAGCUUCAUGAAAUGGGUUUCCAUGGCCGAAUAGCUACAUGCAAGCCUCACAUCACCAAGUACAAUGCCAAGGGUCGGGUCAAGUGGUGUGUGUGGAAUGGUUUUAAGGGAUUGGGUUAGGCUGCUUACUUCCAGUGAAGGGAAAUUUUAAUGCUUCAGCAUGCUCCAAGACAUUUUGGACAAUGCUUUGCUUCCGACUUUGUUGGAACAGUUUGGUGAAGGUCCUUUUCUAUUCCAGCAUAACUGUGCCACAGUGCACAAAACAGGGACUAUAAAUGCACCUGGUGUGUAAAAACGUGACUGGCGCGCACACACAGCCCUGAGCUCAACCCCAUCGUAAACAUUCGAGUGAAUGGGAAGGGAGAACCAAGAUAAUGCUAGCCAGGCCUUCUCGUUCUACAUUAGUGUCUAACCUUCCAAAUGCUCUGCUGGAUGAAUGGGCAACAAUUUCUACAGAAAAACUCCAAAAUCUUGCGUAAAAGCAUUCCCAGAAGAGUGGAAGCUGUUAUAGCUGCAAAGUGUGAACAAAUUACAUAAUAAUGUCUAUGUAUUUAGAAUUCGAUGAUAAAAAUCACUGUUGGUGUACUGGUCAGGUAUCCUAAUAAUUUUGUCCUUAUGUACUCAGAGUAUGUACUUGGCUCAGCCAAUGAAAGACCAGUGGUUCACAUAAUUUUACCCCACAGCCAAUCGUGGUCUUUUUUUUAACUGUCAAAUUUGUACUCUGCAUGGCUCUGAAAAAACUUUACAGAACAGUGAUUGGCUGUGGGGUGGAAUCAAGUCAGCAACUCGGCUCACACUGAUCGAUUUACCUUCCAAACAAAAAUGGGGUUUUGUGAAAUGGGGUGGGAUGGUUAAAUCGGUGGAGAUAAGCUACAGAAAACUGCAACUUUUUUUGUUUGUAUUUAAUGUGCUUAAGUUGUGUCUGGGGAAUCCCCUUUAAUGUAGGCCACGGGUCUUUCUUUAUCCACAUCCACUCUGCCUGUGAGAGCAAGGCCAUGCCAUCGGAAUGUGGAAAACUUCUUAUUCCAUCUCCCCUCCCCCAGUUUUGUUAACGCUUAACUUGUUAAACUUUCUCUUCAUAUUUCUAUUGUUUGUUGUUUCCUUUAUACUACUUGUUCCUUUAGACUUUGUAGUUUAUAUUGACCUACCCACCUCUCUCGCCUUGGCUUCCUCCUCAUUGCUUACUGAUUGUAACCUAUGAUUUUGCUAUACAUGAGGCUCAUCAUGAGUCACAGCCCAUAUUUGACUUUACUUUAGUUGGCUCUAAUUUCUAAAUGCAAUGCAUACUGCAUUCUUUAUAACUAAAAAAAAAAAAAAAAACACACUUGAGGUUAUUCGUAAAAACUCUAGAUUGUAGCAAAUUAAGAUAUAAGCUUUUCAAAUUAUUUAUCUACAACAUUUCCCAUAUACUUUUACAGUGAUUUCUAUAGAUGACUCACUUGAAAAGUUUAUCCAAAAAUAUGAAUUCAUUUGAAAAAUGUAUCCAGAAAUAUUAAACCUUGGCUAAAUCAGUCAAACUGUGGCUAGAGCCAAGGUGGAGAAAUUUUUUGAGAUCAACUAUAUUUGUUCAAUUUGCUGGAUUUAAUCCACUAAAUGUAGGUUUUUGUGAAUAAUCUAGUCUUGAUAGUCUGGCAAGCCAUUCAAUAAAUUAGUGUUUGUCAUUGAAUAGUUUUUUUUUUUUUUUUUUAAUCUCGUUUCAAUUUCUUGUACUCAAUUUACAGGAAGGAAAAACUGUCUAGGAACAACAAAUGUUUAUAUAUUUUUAAAUACUAACCAUGGCAAUAGUGGAUUUUGAGCUCCGGUUGAUUGGAUGGUGGCAGAUAGCCAAAAUAAUUUAGCUAUUGGAGAUGAGGAAUCAAGUGGCAGUCAGGUUAAAUUAUUUCCUUAGUUUGCUUGUCCAAAACUGAACAUCUUCAUGUAUGGUUGGUGAACCAGUUGCGUCUUAGUUACCAUAUUGGUAACUUUGCAUCAGUGUUGGCCUGUCACAGUGACUUUAAAUCUGUUAUCUCAACAUACACUAGACUUGUCAAUAUUGUAGCAUUUAUCAGUGUGAUUAUUUGGCUGUUGUGUCCUAAAUUUAUAAAUUCUCUUUUCAUUUCACUUAAGCGUGGUGUUUAGUGGAUUCCCCCCACUUUCUCUAGCAGAAUGGAUUGUUUGAAUGGUCUUUCUUUCCGUACUGGAGGCGCAUACAAAAAUGUAAAAGUUUUGUGCGAAUUUGCCAAGGUCAUUCUGCUUUGUAUCCAGCUGUUAUCUUUGUAAAAAGGCAAAGCCUGAUUGUUAUAUUUUGCAUUCCUGUGGGUGAAAAAGGGACACAUUGAAUUUUUAUUUUCUUGCAAAGCCUGUAGGGCAAAAGGAAGAUGGCAAAUUAUUCGUUCCUUGUAGACGUCUGCAAAAACGUUUCCUGUCAAUUUAAUAUAAGGAAUUUUGCUGCCUGUAAAGUUACCAAAAAUCUGUUAUUUUUUUGACAAUAUUAUGAUUACUGUGCUAUACUUAAAAGUGUCCAAGUGCACCAGAGUUAUCAAAAUGAUUUUAUUUGAGUAGUUCCAUGUCCCCUUUUCUUUUCUUUUUUUUUGUGAAUGUGUGUACUAUGCGGAAAAUAAUUUUUUUGCGCUAUUUCAUGCUAGCUGCAUGUUUACAUUGUGUUUUAACAUAACAAUUAUGCUUUAAUUUUCUUGACAUAUGGCACAAUGGUAUUACUCUGCGUGCUUGGUAUUGAGAGGUAAAAUAAUAUUUGGCUAGAAAAUAAAAUGCAUUUAAUUGAUCAGAAAUCUGCCCAGUGUUUGAUUUUUUUCUUUGGCCACUUAAAUAAAAAAUCAUUUUUUUUUCCUCAUGUGUGGUGUUGUGAACAUUUAAAAACUAUUCACUAUCUGGUUUGCUUGCAUCGUCAUAAGCUUCAGAUUUCUCUAUCUGAGGUGACAGCUGGGCAGAGCCAGUAUUUUACUUAAAAAUUCAAAUAGUUCACUUUUCUUCGAUUAAGAAUUACUCUUUCUUUAAGACAUUUAAAUUUGCAUGCACUGUUUUUCUCUGUUCUCUUCCUGCUAACGUCACUCCCAGCAGACAAGUUCCGUCAUGUCAUCAUUUAUGCCAUCACGUCCAACGUAUGUGUAACUGGAGCUGACAUCAGACGUCUUAUGGCUUAAAUAUAUAGGCCCUGAAGCAGAUUCUUUUAGGAGCAGUAUGUUUGGCUUUUGUGAGAUUGGAAAAGGCAAUAACACCUGUUAGAUGAAAAGAAAAGAAGAAUGUAUUAUUUUUAAUGUCAAAGUGGGUGGAGGUGUUAUAUUGUACUUGGGAAGUUCCUGAUAAAGGUUAUGGAUGUAAUGCUGCUUUGCAUAAAGCCGUAGUGGAAUAUCUGAAUAUCCUUCAGGGUUUAUUUGUAUAUUUACAUUUAAUUAGUCUAAGAAUAUGUGUCUCUUCCUCCAGUGUAAAGGCCUCCUACAUGGUUGAAAGAAUCAAACAGAAUGGAUAAUUGGAGAGGGAUAUCAUUUGAGCUGUGCUUAAAGGAACAAUAUGGUGUUAGGAAUACAAAACUGCAUUCCUAACUCUAUAGUGUCCCAUAUGCCCCCUGCACAUGCGCAGUAGCCUCCCUAUGUAUUUAUAUGGGAAAGCAUUGGAUUGGCUGAGAUCAUUAAGAUUGAUGAUCUCCGUUUUGGAGGCAAAACCAUGAGGAGCCAGCUACGGGGAGACCAGCGCUGCGUGAGUAAAAUCACCUUUUUACUGUGAUUGGAGGGGGGCAGUGACCUAAACAUCCAAUUCAGGACUACAGUGCCAGGAAAACAUGUUUGUACAUAUUUAUUAAUUUAUUUUUUAGCCUUUGUAACUUCUGCAGUGUUGUAAUUUUUUUUAUUAAUUUGUCCUUUUUUAUUUAUUUUUUUUUAUUUAUUUUUUUGAAUGCUGGGUUUUUCAUGUCCGUGUUUCAAUUUCUAAAUUCGAAGUAGGAGAUUCCAAUCAUUCUGCACCCUUAGGUCCUUCUUUUAUGGCAAUCAAACUGCUUAUUAAUAUUAUAACUAUUCUAGUGACAGCUAAGGUGUGAGUUGAAUAAAUUAGAUAUUUAUUGACGUGUCUUAUCACAGCACAUUGAUGCAGUGUUGAUUGUCCUGCAUUAAGGUUAAAAGUUAUUUUACUGACUUCAGGAAACUGAUCAUGACUUUUUCCAGGUACUAGUUGCCCUUAAACUAAUGGAGAAUUAUAUUUUGCAUUAUAUUGUGCAUCAUAAAUAAUUUAUUUAAUGAAGGCCUUUUUCUACUCCGUAUUAAGACAUCCCUAUUACCUUAUAAAACAUUGAUGAUGUGCAUUGGUUGUGUAAUUUCCUGUGCUGUCUAAGUGAUUGGAAAACAAAUACUUUCAGAUACAGUCAUAGCUCAAACACACCAGCAGCUACCCAUCCUUUGAAAACCUUUCAGAAUGUAUCCUGGAAUUAUCUGUCUGUCUCUGUGAACUGAGCAUUCUGGUAAAUAAUGCCAUCAAACCUUCCUUUAUUCCAAAGGCAGCACUGGGACUUACAUGUUCUGGUCUGCCCAAGAUUAGUGAGAGUUACACUUGUAGCUCCCACUGUUGAAUUCAGCUCCUCUCACAAUAAUAUCAUCGCAGAACUGGAGCUGAGGAGACAGAAUUGCUUUUGUUUCUGCCUCCUGUGCUCCACUCCCUUCAAACAAGUAACGAGAGAGGGCUUAAUUCAUCUGAUGGCCACUUCAUAUUGCGCGAAUGUCCAAGGGCCUCUUUAAGAUUAAGGGAACCUUUGCCAGCUGGAGUGCAAUAGUGUAACUCUCACUGUCCAUCCCAGCACACAAAAAAGGUCAUCAUAAACCAUGGAUAUCAGCAUUAAAGGACCACUCUAGGCACCCAGAUCAUUUCAGCUUAAAGGACCACUCUAGGCACCCAGACCACUUCAGCUUAAUGAAGUGGUCUGGGUGCCAGGUCCAGCUAGGGCUAACCCAUUUUUUUUAUAAACAUAGCAGUCUCAGAGAAAUUGCUAUGUUUAUAAUAGGGUUAAUCCUUCCUCCAAAGCCUCUAGUGGCUGUCUCAUUGACAGCCGCUAGAGACGUUUGCGUGCUUCUCAUUGUGAAAAUCACAGUGAGAGCACGCAAGCGUCCAUAGGAAAGCAUUGUAAAUGCUUUCCUAUGCGACCGGCUGAAUGCGCGUGCUCAUUCAGCCGAAUGGGCGGAGAGGAGGAGGAUCGGAGGAGGAGAGCUCCCUGCCCAGCGCUGGAAAAAGGUAAGUUUUUACCCCUUUCCCCUUUCCAGAGCCGGGCGGGAGGAGGUCCCUGAGGGUGGAGGCACCCUCAGGGCACUAUAGUGCCAGGAAAACGAGUAUGUUUAAUGAAGUGAUCUGGGUGCCUGGUCAAGCUAGGGUUAACCCUUUUUUUAAUAAACAUAGCAGUUUCAGAGAAACUAUGUUUAUAAAUAGUUUAAUCCAGCCUCUAAAGCCUCUAGUGGCUGUCUCAUUGACAUCCGCUAAAGGCGUUUGUGUGCUUCUCACUGUGAAAAUCACAGUGAGAAGACGCAAGCGUCCAUAGGAAAGCAUUAUGAAUGCUUUCCUAUGAGACUGGCUGAAUGCGCGCGCAGCUCCUGCUGCGCAUGCGCAUUCAGCCGAAGAGGAGGAGGAGAGCUCCCUGCCCGGCGCUGGAGAAAGAGGUAAGUUUAACCCCUUCCUCCCCCCAGAGCCCGGCGGGAGGGGGACCCUGGGGGGGGGGGGCACCCUCAGGGCACUAUAGUGCCAGGAAAAUGAGUGUUUUCCUGGCACUAUAGUGGUCCUUUAAUCUUAGUGCACCUUGAUAACUAACUUCCAGAACACUUAGCCUAAUUAACGGUGAUAAUGUGGAAUUGUAAUUUCCAUGAUUCCUUGCAGCCAUGGAGAGCCGUAUUUUUUGUCAAACUGUAUUAACAUGGUUUUGACGGAAAAGCAGGUGGAUGAACCAAAUAAUCUUUAAGCGCUGUAUCCACUAUAAUGAGUUGUAGUGGUUGUGGUGCCCUAAACCCCCAUUAAACUAAAAAAAAUUUCGAAAUCAUUGCUACCUUUGAAAAUUACACAGACAAGGCAUUUCAUGGUAAUUAACGUUUCCUAUGAACCCCUGGUAUGCAGAAAAAUAUAUAUUAGUACUAGCGAUUGCUUCUAACUGUUCUAAUGUUUUAAUGUAAGGUAACCGUUUCUUUUUAAGAAUCACUAACCCUUUACGCCUCAGACUGUCCCUUGGAUAUUCAGAGGGUUUAACGAUAAAUAUGACUAGAUAACAUUUUAGUGAUUGGUUAAAUUUGAGAAAAUGUCACUGCUCGUUGUGUUCUUUCUACAUGCAGGAAAAUUUGUAUUUAAAAAUAUAAAAUACAGUCGGCAUUUGACAAACUGAUGACUGUAUGCCACCCAGGUGCAUCGGCUUGCAUUCGGGCCAUGUAAAUGUCAUCAUUCACACUGCUUUGUUUAGUGUAUUGUUCAGUUUCUGAAAGGUCAAAACCAGUGAGGUAAAUGUUUAGCACAGCUGUGUAUUUAAAUACCUUCUUUUUCAGUGGCAGAGCUUUAAAAUCUUAUUAUACUAACCUCAGGAUUUCCAAUGUAAAGGCAGAUAUGGCGAUUUUCCUAGUACCUGGCCAAACCUUACUGCAAGGCUCAGCAGAUGUAACUAAUGCCGUUUAGCUGAAAACCGUAAGGAAAUUAUUAGUAGACAAUGAGUAGUUAUAGAAUAAUUUACUAAAUAGAAAGUUAUGGUUACUUGACAGCCAACAGGCCAAAAUAACCCAACUUUGUAACAUCAUCAAUAUAAAACUCUGUGUUAUUAAACCCCUGCCACCAGAGGGGAGUUGCAUUUUUAUAAAAUAAACAAGGUCUGUUUUUAAAUGGUGUAUGUCAAGACAUUACGUCCGCAAGUCUCUAAAUGACAUUCUUUAUUGCAAUCUGUAUUUAGAUAAUCUGUUAUCAGGUAAUUACUGCUGCUUUGUCUAUUUCUUGCUAAUUAUCCAUGGUCUAGUCCUAUUACCAGUACCCAUAAUAAUUGGGGUGGAGAUUAGAUAAAGAUAUACAGAGAGAAAUGGCAAGCCAGACUAAAUAAAGAUAAACCAACAAAGAGCUGUAUUAUUAGCUGCAGAAAUACAGGCAAUACCUACAAUAUUCGUUUUUUGUUUUUUUUUGUAACGUUUACUUAGAGUGCAGACCUUGCAGACAACUAGGCUUUAUCCUUUCAAGCAUGCCAUAUUAAUGGAUAUUAAAUAUUGUCCUUUAUAGGUACCUGUUAGAACUAUGGCCACUCAUACUUUUUUUUUAUUUUAUUUUUUUACAGAGCGUAACAUUCUAUAUAUACAUUGUGUUAGCAGUUUUUGCUAGCAAAUGUAUAGAUUGGGAGAAAAAACUAUUUUAAAAUAGGUAUUUCUUCCACGUGUCAGUCAAAUCUUUGGCAUAAAAUAUAUGCCGAAGAAAUGGCUGACAAGGGAGAGCAGAAAAGAUUACCCACAGGUGGUGCUUCUGCUCGCCGCACAUAGCAACCAGUGUGCAUGCGCUGUGGUUGCUAUGGAAAGUCCCUAGCCAACGCUAGGGAGCGUAGGCGGAUGUAGGCAUGCUCACAGUGAAGCAGCCAGUUUGCGCAUGUGCAGUGUGAAAUCUGUUUUUUUAGUUUACUUAAAUGUCCCCCAGAAACAGUAUUUAAACCAAGCUGAUACUUUCCUGCAAAUCCUGGACAAAAGAAAGGUAUCCAUUUGAAUUCCAACAUCUGUUAUCCACAUCCUCUAGGGUGCGAACAGACAUGGGCCAACAAAUUAAUAGUGAUUAAUACGACUCUCUGGAGUCAUGGAGAAUGACAUUCCUCCAAAUUUCUUUAAUUGAACACACUAGACAAAACAUACACAAAAAUGUAUGCAAUGAAGAAUCCUGAAAAAAAAAAAUCAUUCUCUGUUGUUUGCAUGAUUCUAAAGGAAGGCAUGCUUAUUCGUUUAUUUUUUACUUUACAAGUGUAAGUAGCAAGGCACCAAGCAAGAAUCUUACAGCUCAACUUUCCCAUAAACCCCAGUGCAGUCUUAUUAAAGUUUAUGAGAAGUGUGCACAAUACAGCAGCUUAUGGGAAUUUCAAGAGAAUACUAAGAACAGGCAGCAGCUGAAGUAGCCUCCCCUUCGGUGGUGUGAUCCUUUGAUGUAAAAUUAGGUUCUUUUUUUUUUCUGUCUUUUUAUACCUAUAUAUUUUUUUUUAACAAAGUAAAAAAAGAGAUAACUGAAAACGUUUUUUCCCUUGCUGGAUAUUUAUAAGCUCUUUGUUUUGUGAAGUUGGUAGCUUUAGUGACCUGAAAAUAUGCGUGUUCCGCAUAGAUAUCCGCAUCCCACCCCUACAUCGUGUUAAACUUAAUUCUCGUGAUAUAACACAGCAGACCGAAUUGUCAUUUUCUUGGCAGGGAGGAACAUAAUGUUUGUUCUGGAUGCUACCCUGAUUAAAUUGCUAAGAGAGGUUGAUGGGAUAACCAUAAAACUGUUUUAUUAUUAUUCCUCGACUUGGCACAAUUAAAGUAUCUAUGCAUGGUAAUAUUUAGUACCUUCUAGUAACAUGAGAUUUCACUACUUUAGUUUCCUUGAUUUCUCACCUGUUAAUUCGUUCUCUCCUUAUUUGUAUGUUCCCAUCUCUAUAUUUUUAGUUUUUUUUUAAUUUGUGUCAUCUGUUAUAUUUACACAUAUUGUAGUAUACAUGUUUGUAUGGUCUCUAAGCACACAUGAGUAUAUGUAGGCUGUAAAUCAUGUUGAUUUGAAAAUUGUUUUCAUUAUAUAGUGUAAAUAUUUUGCCUUGUUUUAAGUAUAUUGUGUUUAUUCGUUUAGUUUUAUUGUAGGUUAGAGAAUUUCUAAGUAGCCGAGGUCAGCUUUAUUGCAGAUUCAUAUUAUUCUGGGUAAUUUUCAGUCUAGUUCUGUCUGCACCUGGCGUCCUUGUAUUGUAACUAUUGCUUGUUUGUGAGGUCUCUCCACCUGGUGUAAUAUUGUAUUUCAGAUCGACGAAAAAAAAGUCGAGCUCAGCCCGUACCACUUGAUGCUGUUUAUACAAAAAAGGUGAUAAACUCAGACUGAAUAAAUUAGGGCCACUAUACCGUCUUAACUUGAGAAUGGCAAUGAGUUUCCCCCUAAAUCAUGCCAUAAUAAAUUGUAGUCAUGUAUAUCCAAUGUAUUCUUAGACGCCAACAGACUCCCAGUCAUUUUGCAUUCUCUCAUCUCAACCUGCAUCACAAAUUCAACUGUCUAGUCUUUAAACUAAACCUCUAUAAAUGCUCCCAUGUUGCAACUGUAGCUAAAUAAUCCGGUUUGCCACUAUUACUGGUAAUGGUGCUUGGGGCAGGUGGUGAGUUAAGCGAGGUGGCUUAACCCCUUAAGGACCAAACUUCUGGAAUAAAAGGGAAUCAUUACAUGUCACACAGGGGGUUUAGGUAAUUCUUCUCUAACCAGUAGUUUCAUUAAUGAAAAGACAUAAGCUUCCUAUAUAGCUAACUGAGCUUUUUAAAGUUCAGUAAUAAUAGCUCAUAGAGCCUGAAUCAUUUAGUGAAGGGCGAGUUAUAGCUUUACAUUUGAUGCCAAUGUCUGUAAGGAUGGCUUCUUAAGAUUAUAAUUGCAACCGUUCUUGGAGAAACAACAAAAUGCACGGAGAUGGGGGAGCAUCUUGCUUACAUAUCAGAUGCAUUAUAAACAGGUGGUAAUAGUACUUAAAGGAUCCCGUUCAUGAGGUUACUCAUGCACUUUCUUAUCCUACUAUAAGCCCUCAAUCCAUACUGUUUCCACAUUGCCUUAGCAUCCUACCCAUCCAUCAGUCAAGUCUUUAUUGUACACCCACGGUAAUUUUUCAUCAGCACUAGUUUAGAAAGUGUGUUUGUGGGGUCAGAAAAAUUAACAUCAAAUGUAGAAAUCCGCACUGCGGUAUUUACCUUUAUCUUGUAACCCUGUCAAUCAUCGCUUAAAAUAUGGAUAUUUUCUGCAGGUGAACAUGGUUAAUAGAAGAGAAGAAACGGAAACAAUGUUUCUGUUCUCCUGCUCAUUUGCAUUAUGUGCCCUGACUGUGCCUGGACUGGAAUGUGAUGCCAUAUUUUAUUUUUCCACUGUAAAAUUUUCAGAGAAGUGACCUUUCCCCUUGAAGUCAAACUCAUCAUAUCAUCUGUGCUUGUUUCACAUUUGACAAAAACACCAGACCAUCAUUUAUUUAUUUUUCUCUUUUUAAUUAUUUUUUUAAGUAACAAUGAUUUUACUAAAGAGGAACUUUUUUUUUCUUUUUUUAAAUAUAAAUCUCCAUCAAAUGAAACAAUUAGUGGAUGUUGGAUCCAUAAUGCAGACUUUGAAAGAAAUCAUGGGAAAUAUCAGAUUACUGAUACAAAUGCUGAUUUACAUUUUAUAAAAAAAAAAAAAAAAUGUAUUAAAUCUUUCUUUUGGAUUGGGGAUACAAAUUGUUUGCUUAUUAGUUAUGUUGCCUUUCUUUUUUUGUUCAAAUGGUAUGCCCUUUAAACAGAACAUUCCAACCACCAGGACAUGCAUGUAUAUUAAUGGGACACUAUAGCAUGUGGAAUUCAAACAUAUAUUGCUAAUGCUAUAAUGCUCCUAGUUAAAUUCUGAACCACACCCCCAUCUUUGCCAUAUAUUUAAUUAUGCUUUUUUAAUUUAUUUUUUGUAUUGGGAUUAUAUCUAAAAACAGCUUGCAGAGCCUGCAGGUCUCUUGUCUGUUACCGUUGCAAACCCUUCCCUUUUAACCUGGCCAAUAAUUUAUGUGGCUGUCGAAUCACAUACAUUCCAAUGCAGCUCAAUGAGAAGUCUCUGUAAGGCAGGUGCUCUGAGCAGUUGCUGCCUCUUGCGUUUAGCUCCACUGAGCCAACCAAACCAGGAAGUAAUAUUACCUGCUGCCUGCUUGAACACCAAGUACAGUAGGUGUAAACAGGUUAAUUUCUUAAAGUGUCCCUUUCUAUUGAAAUUUUCACUUUUUGCAAAAUGAAAUAAAGAGGACAUACUCUUCAUUCAUAAAUAUUUUCAGCAAACUAAAGUGCAUUUGCAGUCUGUGUCCCUUUAAAUUCAAGCAAAUGUGUACUUGGACAUAGCUUUAGUAAUGCAAUAAGUGCACUCGCACCAUUCUUGUUGCACUGCAGGCCUUAAAUAAGCGGAAAUAAAUGUGCUUGUUGUACCUAGGUGUUAUUGCAAUGAUAUGCAAAUUAAAAAAAUAUGAAUAUUAUACUACGGAGAUUUUUCAAAAGCAGUACACCCAAUAGCUAACUUUUUAGUUAACUUUUUAGUUAGCUAAUCCGUUUUGUAAAAAUAUCACUACUGAGAGUUCUGCUUUACCUUUUAAAUCUCAUGUUUUGUUUUUUUGUUUUUCUUUUUGUACCGAUAUUCCAUAUGCUGUUACAGUUCUGUGGAUUGAAUUCUAAGACAUAAAAAAGGUUGCGCCAUUACUGGUGAGUGACGAUAUGCUGCAUGCAAAGUUAUUGUGCUUAAAAAAUUCACUUGGCUGUCAAGAAAGAUAAGAUGCUAUUGAUCUGUACUUUCAGGUUCCUAAAAUUGGCAUAUAAAAAAAAAAAUACACAUUUAUUGCCAUAUAAAAGAUACAUUUCCCAGUGGUUGCUGGAGAUGAAACUGUUGGUUCUGUUUCCUAGCCUCCUCUCCUCCAGCCCUUCCACUGUGCACUCACUGCCACCCACGCACAUGGUGGAAUGUUGAGUUAAUAAGUGCACAUGCUUUGGCCAGAUGGGAUCGGAACUGCAAGGAGACAAAGUCUCCAUGCUAAGUUCUACUUGUGCUGCACUGUGUGUGCAUCUGCAAAGUCUAUAUGCACUGCCACCUCUGCAUUGUUAUUGUUCCAUUACUGGUCACGUGGGAGGAAUAGCAGGAACUGCACUACAUUGACCAAGCCAGAGGAGUGGAACAAUGCGAGCAAUAACUCUCUCAAUGUAACAUAUUAAUCUUUUAGAAGACUUCUCUCAGAUCCUGUCCGUAAUGCCAUAAGCUGAUUAGUAAUAUUUACGUGCACUAUGCUUUGUUUUGUUUUGUUACACACAGGGUUAAACCAUAUUAUAGAACUUUUUUUUAAAAAAUUAUCUUCUCUUAACAUAUUGUUCUUCACCCAUUUUCUCCUAGAAUGCACUGUUCUGACCUUGUUCCUUCCAAGUAUGGACUCCCCUUUUCACCUUCCUUUUCCUGCCCUUCCCUUGUACUGCCAAUAAAUCUUUGUCUCUGGGAGAAUUUUUGUGCUGUAAAUAAACGAUAAUGAGCCAUAGGCAGCAAUAGGGUUAAGGUGUAAAUUGGAAUUUCCUUGGCUAAUAAAAUACUGGACAAUUAUAUGCUAAACUGUUAUCAGUGCCAUCAGUUAUACAUAGGGAGCUGGCACUGUCCUGAACAGAGGAAUAAUAAUAAUAUUCAGAAUAUUUCUCUUGAUCUCCUGCAUUUGGUUCAUUUCCUCUUUCCCUCUCUGGUUUUGUUCAUCACUGGCGUUUAUUUCCGUUUCACUUACUGACUCAUCAUAUCGUCGCUCAUGUCUAUGAUACAGACUUUUCCAGAGAAUUCUAUUGCAAAGGUUACAAAAUGUUCUCCCGGCCCAGUUCAUAAAGGUACAGUGGAGCCUCUUGUUUACUUCCUGGAUGCUAUGAGCCACAUUGCACAAACUUCCUUUUCAAAGGCAGUCCAUAAAAUACUCACUGGGAGCAGCCAUCUAUGUUUUUCUUAGUAAAAGGCAAGCAGUUUAGGUAGUGUAGAAAAAAUUACGUCUUAUAUGUAAGAAUUUUUAUAUAUCUAUAUAUUUUUUGUAAAUACAUUGCUUCAUCAAAUCACUUUGAGCAUUGGAGCCAUAGAACAAAAAAUAUAUAUAUUUGUUUAGUUUUCUUUUCACGGCUGGAAACAAUGAUUCUUGAGAAUUGCAAUAAUUAGCAAGUAAGAAAACCAAAUUGGUUUAUGUUACUAACCCUAAUAUUGAGUGAGUUUCAUAUCAGUCCGCCGUCAACUAACAGGUGUGUACUGUGGCUGUGUGUGUGUGUAUAAUUUAUUUCCAAGACCUGAGGAAAACUUGGAAAAGCUUGACUUUUAAGAAUUUCGUUAGUCCAAUCUAAAAGGUAUCGUUGCAUACUGCAAUACCCUCUCAGGGUUAAAAUGACAGGACCACUGCACCCAUUCCACUUCAUUAAACUCUUUUCCGACUAAACAGACUGUGAAGUUUGAAACUUAUUUAUUUUAUAUAACAAUUCUUACAUAGUGCCCUUAUCAAGAGCACUUUACAUAGAUUAAUAAAUGAUACAUUAAUUGAUAGCAUAUUGAUACAGCCAUUGAGUUGCAGUAUAGAUAAGUAUAAUACGUAGAGGAAAUAUCAUUAUGAAUACAACAACAAAGUAACCUAGAACAAGUAAUUAAACAACAAAGUUUCAUUGAACUAUUGUAUAUUCUCCUCAGAUGUGGGAGGUCAGGAGUAUCAGCAUGAAAUGUACACGUAUUAUUGACCAAAAUAACCUACACUAUUGAUAUGGUUUAUGAACUUCCCAUUGUAAAAAGAGCUAGGGAAAGUUCCCAAAAUUAAACCCCCUUUUCUUCUUUUUUCUGCUUAUUGAGAUUUUGGUAUUUUUUAAAAGUACAUUUUUGAGUGAUUGAUUCUAAUCCCUACAGGUGUGUAAAAGGUUGUAUGUUUACAGGCAGAUUACUAGUAUUCUUAUCACAAAGUAGUCUUAUCAGAUUUAUAGUAGUCUUAUCAAAGAUUAGAUAAAGCUUUUAGGAGGCUUUGAAGAGCAGAUGACCUCUGGAAAAUGCCACGUGAUUAGGAAAUGGCUUCUAAAAAGUUUUUAACUGACCUGUAAUCCUAAAACAUUUUAAAACUUUAUUUCUCUCUUAAAUAAAUAGUAAUGCAAUCUAGACAGAGAUAAGCAGGGCAAGGAGGGAGUAUAAAUAGAAGAGGCGAAACCAAUAAAAUCGGGCAGGUUUAUUACAGUGUUCUGUUGUAAAAAUGUGGGAUGAAUUACUGAAAUUAGGGCAAUCACCAUGGAAACCAGCAAGCACCAUUCCAUUGGUCACUUUUCUCCUUUUACACAUUUUGCUUUGCUUUGAUAAAUCUCACCCAAUGAUUGUUUCUCCUCUCCCAAUGCAAUGUGUGCACUACCUGCGCCAGGAUUGAAAUGGAUUAUAAUGUCAAUUUCUAAAUCUUUAAUAUACAUUUAAAAGAAAAGCAGCGUCACAUUAAAAGUUACCACUACUUAUGGGUGCUUUUCACUGUUUUAAUACACUACAUUUCCCCAAAUUGAGGGAAACAUUGCACUCAAUAUCCUAUUUGGAGUAUAGCAACAGUAUAGAGUACUCACCAGAACUAAUACAGCUUAAUGUUGUGUUUAUGGUGCAAGGAGUCUCUCAGUGCAGUCUCUCUGCUUUGAUGAAACUGUUUUCCAGAAUUUUGGCAACAUCCGGGGUUUCCCCGGUACCAUAAGCCCACCUCAUUGCCUCUGACAUUUUAAUGUUGAUUCUGGUCCUGGCAUUUCAUUUAGUUAGAUUAAUGCAACCCGUUUUCUUUAUAAAGUAAAAUGAUUAUUGUCCUGUUGACCCAUUAAGCCUUUGUGAGUGCAAAAGUAAUAUUUAGUGAGAUUGAGCAAUGCUGAUAAAUUAACACUGAUGGCAUAUUGAAUAUAGGCUUGUUAUCCUAUAAAUGUGAGCAAAGAAAUUUGAAGCUUAUUUAUUUCACAAUGGAGCCACUGAUAACGGGGAAUGGUCUACACUGCCAACUUGCUGCAGCUAUUGCUGUCGUUUAUCAAUUUGAUCCUUGGACAAUCUGUAUGUCCUGAUGGGUUUAUCUCUCAGUCCUAGGGGCAUUGGUCAUGCUUUGGUGGGUUUGCGAGACAUUGCAUUUGAUGUGCCUUGCUGGGAGCUCAUGUUGGGAAUCUUUACUUAAGAUAAGUUGCUGAAAUGUUUGCUUUGUAACAAAGUUUACAUUUUGUCAAGGUUCACAUCAGUAUCAAAAGCAAACAGUAAGUGUGGAUUCCCAGGGACACUGGGCCUUUCAGACUUUGCUGAAAUGGUCAAAGUGACCUUUGCUUUUUCUGUGCAAACAACAGGCCCAGAAACAAGUCCUGCAGCUAUUGUAGCCACUGUGUUCUUUGUUAAUUCUUUGUUGUAAAGUUUGCCAAGAGCUGGCUGGUUUUACAAUGUCUAAGCUUUGUAAUUUAUUUAUUUUUUGCCACUUGUUAAUGUUUUUCUAACUCUUUCCAGAUCUCAGACUAAUUUUGCAGUUUCCUGUGUAUUGAUCACUUUUACUUAAAGUAUUCAUCCAGAAUUGCUUCCCCAUAUUCCCUGAAGGCAGAAUAAAUAGUUCUUUCGACUAACACAUGAUGUGAAAAAAGUCUGGAUCUAAAAGUCAAAGCAAAUGUUUAGGAGACAAAAUUCAUCCUUAAUCAUGUGUUUUAUGUGUCCCAAAACACCCACAUUAUAUUCUUAAUUUUAUCUAUUGCUCUUUAUCACUUUUCAUGUCCCCGAUGCAGUCAUAUGGCACCAAACAUGUCUAAGCUCCUCAGUAAUAGUUAAGCUUUCAUUUUUAGCAUAUACAACAAGAGGUAUGUAUUGGCUAUUGAACAACUAUUAAUGUGGAAUGUAACAUAAACUGACUGCACUUGCACAUGUAUGUUUAGUCCUUCUAUAUACUGUAGUGCUUUUCUAUGUUCUGCAAUGUUUUCAAUUCCAAAUACUUUCUUUUUUGUUGUCAUGAAAGCAUCCCUUCAAAAAGGAUACAUAGAGCUAGCAAAAUAUUGCAAAAAAAGUGCAUUUUUGCACUGGUUACAUUUGAGGUACUCCUUUUGUUCUUUUCAAUUCACUGGGCAUUGAAUUAACAUCAGAUCUUUUAUUCAGAAAUUGAGUAUGUUAUAGUUCUUGUCAGUUAUGCAACUUGGGGGAAAAAAAUAGAUUCCUUUUUAUUUCGACAUUUUCACUGCGGUCAGAUAGUUGGGAAACAAUGUCGGUGACUAUAUGCUGCUUAUAUGCAAAAGGAAAAUCUUGUUAAAGUGCUAAAGACAAUUUGCCAUGGAAGAUGAAAUGUGUUUGAUGAAAAGAACAGAUUUUCUGUUCGACCCUUGUUUACAAUAGCUGUAUUAAAUUUAUUUUGCGCUACCGGUUCACAGUAAUUUAGGCAGUGCUCUCCUGCUCUUAUUUAGUUAUUUUUUUAUUUUUAUUUUUUUUAAACUUAAAUCCAAGAACAUACUUGAAAACUAGAGAAAUCUCAAUGUUUCCUUCCUGGUAAAAUAUUUUAUAAAUAAAAACAUUUUAUAAAUAAAGUAGUACAUCUAAGUAUUUAGCCAACUUUUCCCUGUUUUUCAGAUCUGUAUUGAUGUACCUGUGAUUUUCAGGGAGUCAAAUUAAUCCAUAGAUUGUCAGCUCAUUUGAGCAGGGCCAUCUUUAACUCUUGUCUCUGUAAUAGUCUGUAUGUCAGUCUCUUAUUGUCAAAUAUCCCCAUUUUAUAAUCGUAAAGUGCCGCUGAAUACGUUGGCGCUAUACAAAUGCUGCAGAUGCUGCUACUACUAAUACUUAUUAUUGUCCGAAAGCAUUAACUGAAUUCUUCAAAGUUUAACCUAAAAUGUGAUAUUGCCUUUGAAUUCCUUACAAUUCACACUGUAAUGAAUACCACUGCUAGAUGCCUGAUUUGAACAUUAUUCAAAGCAAAAUCAUCAAAUUCUCUGAUGUUGCUCAAAACCUGCAGAGAUGAACCUAGUUUGAAAUGCUGUUAAUGAUCUUGUGGUAAUUUAUGGUAAGAAUGUUGGUCUUGAAUAUUCGCUUGGAUGUUAAUCAUACUGAUGUAAAUCGUGUAAAAAACACUUAACCUUACAUCAUGUGGUGAUUGGUCCUCUGCGUUUUAGAGUCUGUUGUGCAAAGUCUCACUUUUUUCACUAAUAAAAUAGAUCUACUUCCAGCUUGAGUGCUCGCUUGAAAUCAUGCUAGUUAUUUAAAAAAUUUGCUUGUCUCAAUUGAAAUUACGUUUUUUUUUACCUGAGGAUUCCAGAAUGUUGAUAUAAAACUUCUCGCCCCACAGAGGUCACCUGGUUAUCAUGUUUCUUUGACUGUCUAUUAACCUGGGUGUGGUAAUGGCCUUCAAGUGAUAUCUCUGAGGUAAUUACACCAUUCCAGGCAAGCCACAUUCAAGCUCCAAAAUACUUUAAUUAUAAUAAUAAUAGGUAAAUCUGCAAUAAAUGUUUUUCAAAGUAAAUAACUGAUUUGUUAUGGUCCUUCACUAGUUUCACUGCUUUGAGGUUUGUCUUGAAUAGUAGAACUUUAGAAAUGGGAUAGCAUCUAAACCAUGUAGAACUGAUUUGGAGUGGAUCUUCUUUGAAUUUCUUCCAACAUUAGGAGGUAUAUAAUUGGGGGUGUUUGGCAUUGGAUUGUAAGCAUUUCAGUCUAGCAUGUGUUGUGUUGGGCUGACUGACCACGUAGAUUCUGCUAGUAGAAUCUCUUUGCAGUAGGACAAAGUUAGUCUUUAGUAAAACCAAAUUGAAGCGAAAUGUUGCUCUAAAAUAUAGCUUUCACCAGAGUUGGCAUGACAACUUCCAAAUAUCUACUACCUACUAGUUAUUCAUGUUGAGAAAUGUGGGAAAUGUAAAGCUUUAAAUAGACAUAAUAGAACGGAAUUGGUUCAUUUGUAUUGCCUCAUGUACACAGUAUAUUUAAAAAGAUUAAAUAACAUAAACUUGCAUUCGAACUAAGUAUCUAAAAUUGCAGCACUUGCACAGGUAGAACUCUGCUUGACCAGAAAGACAGUCCACCAAUCAGGAGCCUCUCAUUAUUUUUCUUUUCUUUUUUUUUUCUCUUAUCCCAUAAUCCUUUGUCCUUCAGAACUUUGUGGGAUACAUAGUUUAACCUGCUAUCGUAGUUCUGCUCAUCAUGUAGGAUGAAGAGAACAAUUCAGCAAGCUGAUAAGAAACAAAAUACUGUUGCUAUCAGCCUUUUGACACCUCAAUUCUAUGUGCAGCAAUGUCCCCAGCAGCCAACACGUGACUAUUGGAGCAGCCAUUGCUUGAGUUUUUCCAAUGGUUGUGUGUGUGUGUGUGUGUGUGUGUGUGUGUGUGUGUGUGUGUGUGUAUAUAUAUAUAUAUAUAUAUAUAUAUUGCACUAUAACACAUUUACAUUACUGUAGUGAUAAAAGAUUUUCUAUAUAUGAUAACAUUUUAUCCCUAUAGUACUCAAUUUUAUAUGAAACAGGUCACAUUUUCCCAUUAUUUUGCCACUGGGAAUAAUGGAAGAGGGAUGGGGAGUAUUCUUUUGUACAGUGCAGAUAGGGUUUUCACUUGAAAAUCUGUGUGAGCUGAUUAGCAAAAUUUGUUGUAAUUGUAAUCAAUAAAUCACACUCAUUGAGCUUUCUAUGUGACUUAAGAAUAUCAUUGUAUGAAUGACGAGCCUUUUGAGAUUUCUUCAGCGACACGUUCCUUUGCCAGCUAUCUUUGUCAGAACUGGCCCAUUGCUCUUUGAGCAGAGACUUCCUGGCACCAGGGAAACAGAGAAGAAAAACACAGAUUCCUUUUAUGAACUUUUCUCUGGGAAAAUGGAUUCAAAUAAUAACAUGCUUGAAUCUGUAUGGAAAUCAAGACUUUAACCCCUUCAAGGCCGGCGACUUGUGAGGAUGGUCACAAUUACAAGUUCCUAAAGGGGUUAAAUAAUGUAACACUGAUUUUGACAACUUGACAAAUAAAGUUAGCCAAGCUCCAUUUGGAGCUCUCAGCUCUCCUUCCUUCUUAAUGCAACUACUGGCAGUGCUACACAUGUGAAAGUGCACCAUAUAACUAUAUGGGAGAGAUCCAGUGAGAUGUUUGCUGUCACUGGGAUUUCCCUGCACACACAGAUUUCAUUAAUAUUCUCUAUUGUGCUUCACUUAUGGCUUGACGCGUACAUGGUCAUCUCUGCUAGCAUAUGUCUGCAUAUAUAAAAAUUCUCUUGCAACUAAAUUGCAAAGGGCACAUACAUUCUUUGUUCCUAGAAAUUCUCUCAUUAUAUGCCAACACAUUCUACAAUUAUACACAUGCUUAUUAUAUAUACAAGCUGUCCAUAUCUAUUGAUAGCUAGAUAAACAUCUGAUAUUUCUGGGCAGAGCCUACUCUGAAGAAAUAACCGUAGUAAAAAAAAAAAAUAAGGAUUAAGGGUCAACAAGUGCAAACAUUUUAAGAUAAGCCAACAUUCGUCCCAGGUCAUCUGAGUUGAAACUGUUUUUAAAAUCUAUGCUUUGUGUUACACAUACAAUUUCCGGGACUAUUUGUGGAGACCAACAAGGCUACCGUUUGAGACAUCGCCCACCAGUUCUCCAUUUUUAUUCUUUGUAUAUACACAUCAGUCUAGACAAAUUGAAGGAUGGAAUUACUUUUUUGUUUUGUUUUGUUUUUUUAAAGCAUUGUUUGCACAGAGGCAGUAUGUGGGCAGUUGUUCUCAUCAACACUUGUUAUUUCGUUGCUAGUGGUUCCAGCUGAUGAAUGUCUGCGAUACAGAAUUCAGGUGUUUAUUUUGCAAUUGUUCUAAUCUAGUUUAUGUACUUUUUUAAUAGCUGUCUCAUAUUUAAUUAAAAUAUGCUGCUGAUUGCUUUGUUUUCAUUUGUUAAUGUGGAAGACUUGUAAAAACUAUUUUUGAGGACCUCCGUAUUAAAUCAGUCAUGGAUGAAUUUAAAUAUAUUAUCGGAGUCAGCUGGAUCAUUUUAAGAGUCAGCCUGAUUUUAUCAAACGCCAGGAAUGAACAGUGAACAGAGAUCUGUUUUAAAUGGACGGCUUAAAAUAUGCUCCUGUUUGAAGCUUACAUGACAUAACACUUAUACAAUGACCUCUAAUUUUAAGUGUACUUGUCAUUGAAAUAUUACAUAGAAUGGCUUCACAGAAUAACAUUUAAAGCAGACUUGUCAGCCAGAAAAAGGUCAGCGUUGUAUGAAAAGUUUUUGCAGGAGGGAGCAGCAAAUGUCAGAUAUGUAUAUAUUUUUUUAACAUAUACUUUUAGUGGCAUUUUCCCCAAUACAAUAUGCAGAUUAACUUUGGAGACAAACCUGUUCUGACCUUAUCUUCAAUGCUUUUUCUGAAUAACGAGAGUGAAUGAGCAUGCUUUAUUAGGAUUACGACUGAGAAAGAAUUAUGACAGUUCUAGUUGUGUAAUGAAUUGGUCAUUGUGGCUACCUGCUAAUAUAAUAAUAAGGCCAAUGAGAUAGCUCAGUGGGCUAAUGCAACAUCAGUAGAAUCUGUUCAACCCUUGGGGGUCGCAGCUUCAAAUCCCAGCAGGGUUGACUUAGCCCUUCAUCCUUCCGAGGUAGAUAAAAUGAUUACCAUUAAAUCGGGUAAUAGUAACAACCCCUGGAUUGUGGGCCAAGGUAAGAUCCCCAGGACAUACUUGCAAACCAGAGUUGUCUGAAUGUACAGUUCCUGGUUAAAUACUUUAUUAUUAUUAUUCUGUGUAACAUUCAUUCCACAACAUUGCAUUUACCUCCACUAUGUUCUAUAUUUGCUAGCUAUUUGUUUGGUUUUGUGUGGCUUUGUUUUUCUUGUGAAAUCACAAUCGAUUGUGUAAUUUAGCCUUAAUUUCAUAAAUGUUAUCCUAAGCCUUUGCUUGAUAGGCAAUAUUUACAUUCAGAGGUCAAAUUAAAUUCUCUAAACUUUAAAACCUAGCUAAAUUAUUCAUUCAAUCUGAAAACACUGGUAGCGUUUUGUUGAACAAGCAUUUUUACUAUAGCAGGAUUGGUCCUUGAAUACAUUUUUGACCUUAAAUAGUAUUUAGUUUUAGGAUUUCCUGUAUGAGUUCAUGUUGUGUGUGUGUGUGGGCUGACCAUCCCCCACAUAGUGGGAUGCUUAUAUUCCUCUUAAGGACACUUUCUGUACAUCCGUAUCAUGUGCUGAGUAAUCUUGGUAUUUAAAGGCCAUACAGUUUCUUCAACCCUUUGAAUUCUGAGUUAUUCGAAGAAUGACAUCGCUAUUUGGAGAUUUCUGGCCCCAAGCAAUGUGCUAAGUGGGUAGAAUAAACAUUGUGCAUGUGUGUGUUUUGCUUUUUGUUAAAACUGAACCAUUACCAGAUACAAAUAUUAAACCUCUCUGCAUUGCUCAAGUCCUUAAAGUACUGUUUUUUUUCUCUACAUUGUAUUUUUGCAGAGUUUAGCGUAGCACUAGGAACCAUAUUAACGUUACUGAUUGCUAGAUAUGUGUUACAUUGUUGUCCCUCUCUUAUAUGUGCACACACACGAGUGAAAAGAUGUAAGAUGUUUGUUGUGUGUUAUAGAGAAACUAAAUCCAUUGAAGGGUUUUGGAGACCUAGUAAUUCAUGAGACUGAAGGCUGACUGUUUUUGAACAAUGAGUUUUCAGGAUACAUUCCUUUUAUUAAAGCUAAAGUAGUUGUAGGUAACGAAAGGAAACUCUUGAAAAUACUGUGGUCCAAAAAAAAAGUUAAUGCGCUACAACAAAAACAGAGAAUGUGAGAACUCUGAGAACAGACAAAAGCUUAGUCUUCAGUUUAGUCACAGUUUAGUCUUUGGGUAGUCUUCGCUCGAGUCUCAAAAAUAGUUUUUGCUCACUUUACCAUUGCACAUGAUAUUGAACCCACCCAUGAAAGCAGUCUAGAACCGAAAUGCCGGCAAGUUCUAUCUGCACGAGAGAUGCAGCAACCCCGAACAAUGUUUCAGGACCUCAUCAGCGUGGUGUAACUGAUACCCCUCUAGACACAGUGAACACAGGGUCCACGUGUGGAUUUCCUUUCUAACUUGAGGAGAGACACAUUAAUGCAUUGCAACAAAAAUUGAAAACAUGAGAAAAGACAAAAAUAGAGAAACUCAAUAGCUUGCCCUUUGUUAAAUUCACAUUGAGAUCUGAGCGGGGACCCACCAAGGGCAAGAUACUUGAGCUGCUGUCCAUUCUCCAAAUUCUCUUGCACCCUGUUUUUUUGCUCUCUUCAUGGUGCUAUAAGGGUAUUGGCUAUAACUCACUGACGAGGACUACAAGGCCAAUAUAAUUGUGUGGGGCUGCUGUAUUUCUCGUGCAGAGAGAACUGGCCUGCAUUUCGGAUUUGGACAUUUUUUUAUUUUUUUUUGGGUGGGAUCAGUCUGAUAUGAAAAUGGUCUAGGUUCUCUAUGUAAUGACACAAGAUGAGUUAAAACCAGCUUGAGAUCUGAGCAGGGACCCACCUACAGGCAAGCUCCGUGAGCUGUUCAUUAUUCUCUUGCACCCAGUUUUUUGCUCUCCCAAAAAGAAAGUUGUUGAGAAAUAUGUUGCAGAAUACUGCAGCUCACAUAAUUAAAUGCCUUGGGACAUUUUCAGUGGUUCUCAGUUGAUAACACUCCUCUAAAGUGUCUGUUAUACAAGAUCCCCAAGUGCUAAUCAGAUUGCUCCUAUCCCUAUACAUUGUGGAUAAGGAAUGAAAGAUGUUAAUAUAGUCUAAAAAAAUGAAUGGAUCAGUCAACCGGAGGCCGAUGUAUUUCAGUGCAAAACAUCUCAAUUAAAAGUACAUUGAUCAGUCAGUCAUAGUGCCACUAUCUAACUCGUUCUGUCCAUUGUAUGUAGAAGUAAUCAUACAGAAGGCAACUUAUACAAAAACAUUUUCACAGCACUACACAGGAAAAUCCUAUUACAAUCAGUUACGACAGUAUAGCCCGAUGUUGUUUUGCUUCUGAUAAUAACAAAGAAGAAACUCGUGUGUCCAAAAUUGCAUAUAUGUGUGUGUGCAUGCUUGUGUGAUAUGCAAAAGACUUUAAUGGUUAAGUUUAAUUAUUUAACAGUAAACAUCAACAUAUAUAUUCUUAUAAUGCUAUAAGUGUUGCUGGUGCAAUGAUUUUUUUUUAACCUAUUUUAUUUUCUCGAAAUGCAUGCUUCUGUGGUCUAGCAGUCUCUUAUGUGUCUUUAGAAAUGUCUAAAACUUGAGAAGUUAAGGGGGGUUGCUUUUACUUAGGGUUGCGGGGUUCAGCACCUGGAGGAGUUGAGGUGAUAGGAGUUGAGGUGAUACAGUACAGGGUUGUUCACUAAAGUGAAAAUAUAAAGCAAAUUUCAAAUUUUUGUCCAAAAUGCAGCUAUUUUGACCUUAAAUUUUAAAUUCAGUUUGAAUUCACAUUUCCGUGAUUACCCUUGUCUGUAUGCCGUGCCUUUCUGAGCUCCCCUUUACUUUGUGAUUUUAUUUUGUUAAAAUUUCAAUGUGGGGUCAUGGACAGGCCUUCAACCCCUAUCUGGCAGAAUUCAUAGUAGAUUAGGUUUAGUGGAAAUAGUUUUGUUCUCAGGGGAACUCCUCUCUCUGUUAUCUUACUAGCAUUUUUAUUCAUACCAUCCGCACUUUAUGGUACUAAACUUUCACCUGUAUUGAUAAAAUCUGUUACUUGGUUGUGCGCGGAAGUGAUGUGUUCGAUGGAAUUGGCACAGAGUAGAAUGAUGUAGUCUUACUUUGGGAAGGAAGUUGGCAUAGCUGAAUUAUUCACAGAUCACUCAUUAAGUUGCGUCAACAGAAGCCCGAUUAGUGGUUGAAAAAAACGAAUGUGUAUUUUGGUUAUUCAUUUUCCACACACAAGCUAUUAACUGACAUACACAGAGCAGGCAUAGUCUGCUCUGAAACUUGGAAAUUUAAAUACUGAAUGUGAGGUUACGAAAUGAUUGCCAUAAAAUCUCCAGCACAGUGCUCUUUUGUUUUACUUCUGCGGGAAAGACGUUGCCUGAUAAACGUAAUAUGGCAUGACAAAUUUCCUAUAUCCUGUUAUCUCAUUCUUUAUUUUUUUUCAUGAGAACUUAAGGCCAGUUUAACUCUAUCCACCCACAUUACUUAUAUGUUCUAAACCGUGUUGCUCGAAUUUUUAAUGAUGAGGAACACAUUUCAGUGAACGGCCUAAAUUUGGGGGCUGAACACUAUUAAAUCUGUGAUACAAUAACAUACUGAAUGUGUAAACUUUUCAGACUGAAUGAGUCCAUGCAAAAUCCUUUGACGAGCAUAUUUGGCAUCCUCAAGUUGGAGAGUUAGGCAGCUGAUGUUAUAUUAAGCCAUCUAGGGCCAAAUUUUGGCCACGGGUUUACAAUGCUUUAAGUUAACGUACGUUGAGACUCAAGGUAUAGUGAUAAAAAUUUGAUUUAAUUUUGCACAAUUCAUUUGCAUUCAGUUGCUAAAAUACAGUUGUAGUUCCUCUGUAGAACACGACCGACCAGUUGCGUACCAACUUGAGACAAAUGGAUCAUUUCAAAAUAGCUCAACUGAAUUUCAGCUGAAUUAUAACAAAAUGUUCCCGCUGCAAAAAAUUGGUAAUGAAAGAGGAUUCUGGAGGAAAUUAGAGUUGAUGUAUCUUUAAAGGGUUAACGUGGGUUUGAGGUACCAUUAGGAUGAUUUAGGAUUAGGAAGGCUUAGGUGCAAUUUCCCUGUUUUGUACCUAAUAAUGAAGGAUAUUUGGUUGCUAUUUCACUGUUUGUGAAUAACUGAAUCCUCCAUAUUGUGUGUAGCUGCGGCUGAUUUCCACAGACAACAGUCAAAUGGAAUUUACAGGGCAUCUUUCGGAUGGAGCAACCUUCUCUGGCAUGGUCCACCACCAACUAGCAUAAAGGACGAGUUCUCCAACCAUCAUGAUUAUCCCUCAAUCACAUCACUCCCCUUGUGGGAUGUCAGGGAGGAAAUAGAGAUCUCGGGUGGCUCGGAGGAGGGCGUUCCGCCUUUUUUUUACUGUCUGUCGCCAGCAUGCUCUACGCCAACUAUGCGCAGAAUUAGAAUUAGUUCGUUUGGAACACUUGUUCCAGGAUGCAAGAUGAUGCUCCAAUGAGGCCAUAGUUCAGGUUACACCUAUGGCCACCAAGUGCAUUUUGGAACGUGUAGAGUGAAACUGCAUACUCCAGACUCCAAAUGUCAUGACCACUUUUCAUGGUGCUUGGAGUAACCCUUUAACUAACGAAGUGUUCCAUUUAUUAGGCAAAUGGGUUAAAAUGACUGAAUUCUCACAAAAGAACCAAAUUUGGCUGCUGUUCAAGUUAACAUUUAUGAUUUAAUGAUAAUACCUUUUGUUGAACACUGUGUAACUUUAGGAAAUGGCCUCAGCCCAGGGCUAUUGGCUACCAGAGAACUAUGAGGGUGUAGUCCAUCAACUGCUCCUUUUAACCCCUUAAGGACCAAACUUCUGGAAUAAAAGGGAAUCAUGACAUGUCACACAUGUCAUGUGUCCUUAAGGGGUUAAAUAAAAAACUUGCUUUUCUUUACGGAAUCUUGGAAAUUAGCCCAGUUCAUAUAGUGAAUAUUUAUGAAUGUGUUGCUAAUAGAAAUGUUGUGAGAAAAUUCUUAGUGGGGCAAUCUCUAUAUAUCACUGCAAUCAGUGUAUUGGGUGCUAAUAGAACUCAGUAACACUUUUACUGUGGAUAAACUUUCAUAAAUUCACACCAAGUGUAUCUUCUAGUUGAAAACAUUUUCAAACAACACUCUAAAGACCAUAAAUACUACUGCCCAUUGUAGUAGUUAUGGUGCGAGCAUGUUAGAAAUGCUGUCAUGGUUCCAUGUCAAUAGUAGUAAUAUGAGGGAAACCGCACUCACCAGGCUGCCAAGGUGCACCGGAUCCAGGGAAGGCCAAGCCCCAUGUCAAGUAUGAUAUAAAGUAGUGGUCCAGGCACUCAACGUGAUAGUUAAGAAAGCGGUUUUAUAGGAGCAAACAAACUAGGUUUCGACCUGACCGGCAAACUUGUCAAAGACCCAAAUCGGGUCGAAACAUUGCUGUUUGUUUGUUCCAAUAAUACUGCUUUUUUUUGGCUGUCACCUUGAGUGCCUGGACCACAACUUUAUUUCAUGAUUCCAUGUCAAACCAUUUUUAAGCAGUUUGUUAAAAGUUAAAGUACCUGUGGAGCAGCCCCUUACUUGCCAUAUUGUCCACAAAGAUGUUUUUUUCCUGCUGUAACAAAACCCAUUUGAUAUAUUUCACAGUUAUGCAUUGUAUUUUAUAUAUCUUUUUUUUAUUAGGUCGUGGAUGUGAACAUUCAUUGAUGAAUGAAUGAACAUUUCAGCGAUGAUGGCCGACCAGCCUCCCCCCUUGGAAGCCACACCUUUAAUGAAUGAAGUAUCUCUCCUACCUCCCAUGGUUAAUGGGGACAGCACACAACAGGUAAAUAGCCUGCUGUAGCCACUGUUACUCCAACACAUUAUAGCUUGCAAGCCCUUUGGGCAUUAUAAUUUUAAUUUGACACUCAUGUUCUCAAGAACUGUGUUUUCAACCCAUUCUUCUUGGCACAUCAACUGUGUAGGGUUUAGUCCUUUCUCAAUUGCGUUCCGAGAGGGAUAAUGAGAAAGCUUGUACUGUUAGUGUGAACUGGGUAUGGAACAUCUAAUCUAGAUUACUAUAGUCCAAACCCAAUUCAGAUUUUCGUAUUGAGGAUUUUCACUAACAUAGAAGAAUCAUUGUGGGUACCAUUAAUUUAAUUGGUUUGCCUGGUGACUGCUCUGUUCUUAGAAUGUUGUGCUGUCUUUCUACUUCCUAUUCUUUUGUAAAUUCUCUCCAAUGUUUUAAAAAUAAUUGUGUAGGUCAGCUACUGACCUUCAACUUGUAGGUGAUCUAGACCUCCUAAUAACUUUUGCUAGCCACUUCCUUUGUUUUUGUUUUAUAAAAAUGAGUCUGCUAACAGAUGGUCUUUUAUCACCCCUUGACUGUCACAGGAGUCUGCUGUGUUAGCGAUAGUUUGCCACAAGGAUGUGGUUUUCUGUGUCAUUUUCAGUUUUUUUUGGUGGCCCUAAAAUUCCAUGUGUGUGCCUAAAGAAAUUUCCUAGAAUUUUGUGGACUUUUCUAUCCAUCCGUAUUUGGACAGUAACCCCAGAUUUUAUGAUUCAGAUAUGUGAAAUGAAAAUAUAACGGAGUUAAGAUUCGAAUCAUCUGAGAUUUGCCAUAAAUAAUGUCUGAAUUACAGCCCUUAGCUGUAACUCAAUUUUAAAGAGACCAUAAGAAUUUUACAUAAUGAUAAAAGAAUCACCAUGAUUUUAAACUAAGUUGUCAUGUUUAUUACUCGAUUGAAAGAAGUUUGCCAUCUAUAACUGUAACAAAAUAAAAAAACUGAAUUGUAAGAUGUCACCAAAAAUUGCAAAUUUGAAUAAAAAAAAAGGAAAUGAGUUCAGCUAUAGUCAAGUCUGUUAUUUUAGCCUUAAUUUUACAAUAGUUAUCCAAAGAAUCUGGCCAUCUUUCCUUUUUUUGUUUUUGUUUUGUUUUGCGCUAAGUCUGUUCUAAACUUUUGUUUAUUAUGUGCCUCUCUAAACAUUAAUAAAACAUGCUAAAACAAAUUAAAGGCAUAUAGUUGAAUGUGAACAGGUACAGCUGUCUACUUCAGAUUUUCUGCAUUCACUGUCAACAGUGAAACGUGAGCCUUCACUCGUGGCAUUCAUACAUGCCCAUUUCAUUACAAUACCACUGGCAUGUGUUACAAAUGACGUGGCAUAGUGUGAAUUAUCCACAGUUCCUUUCUUUUCCUGAUCUUUUCUGUUUUCAUCAAUCUGGUACAUUUUAAUCUUGUCUCAUCUAUCCAGAAGGCUUUGUUCCAGAAUAAACAUACUUUUAUGCAAAUUAUAACCAAGCCAAAUAUAUUAUUGUGGCUUACCAGUGAUUUGCAUCUUGUGGUAAUCUCUCUGAUGUUCUGCUCAUGUGGUCCUCUGUUUAUACCGUAUGCCACUUCUAUGUCUGCAUUCUAGAGAACAUUUGUCUGUUUUGUAGCUAAACAUUUACUUGAUUAUGGGGAAAUAUUUUGUGAUCCACUAGCAGUUUUUGGCUGAUGCUGAACUUUCUGAUCUGUUCAUGUUUUAGUGGUUUUGGGGCAUAGAAUGUCCCUUUAGGAAAAAGGAACAGACAAUUAACCUGUAAGGGGAUGGGGGUAUCCAUUUAAACUAAGGGACUAUGUUAAAUUUUAAAAAGUGCUGUAAAUUCUAUGGUGUUCAUGUCUUUAUGGAUGCUAAUACCCUAGAAUGUGGUACAGAACCAAAACACAGUUUGUGGAGCUUUAAUGUUUAAAGGCACACUAUAGUGCCAGGAAAACAAACUCGUCACUUACCUGGGUCCAGCUCCUGGGUCAGCGCUGACUCAGCUCUGUCCACCCUCCUUCCCCGCCAACGUGGCUGCGUUCGCACUUGGAUAUCUCCAUAGAAAAAACAUUAUUCACUGCUUUCCUAUGGGGAUUUCGGUGGUGCUGGAAGUCCUCAUGCAUAGCGUGAGUACGUCCAGCAUCGUUUAAACAAGCAAAAGUCGCCUAUCCACCCCGAAGUCCCUCUUGUGACUGUCUGGUAGACAGUCACUAGAGGAGGAGUUAACUCUAGCAGGUAGUUAUUGCAGUUUAUAAAAACUGCAAUAAUUACAUGAUCAGGGUUAAGGGUGAUGGGAGUUUGCACCCAGACCACUUCAAUGAGCUGAAGUGGUCUGGGUGCCUACAGUGUCCCUUUAAGCAGAAAUGCAUAACUUCAUUAUUUGAGAUAUCAUUGUAUCUGAGCUAUUAAAAAUAAAUUAAUAAUCUACACCCACAUACUACAUUUUCUAUCAUUUCUUUUCAGUAACCAGAGCCUUUGGGUGCCUUUUUUAACUACAGUUGCCCUUAUCGAAUAGAUGUAAAUAUUUAAGUCUUAAAAAAGGAAACAUAUUGUAAACUUUUGCACAAAAGUUCAAAGAUGGUGCUUAUCACUAUUUCAAAACAACCACAGCCACGAGCAAGCUGGUAUCAGAUCAGUAACGAUCUCCACUAAGAGAAAAAGUUUAAAAGAUGCAGCCUUUAACAAUGGCUACUUUACAACAUAUGAUCAAAGGCUUAAAUAGGAACAUACGAUUUACUUUCUGUUUAAAAUAGAUUUGAUUGAAACAAGGCACCAUAAGCAUGUGGUUAAUAAAAGUAAUAAACCAACUCACCGACACAUGCAUUAAAAAAGUGUCCAGGGAACAUCCAAGGCACCAUAACAACUUAAUUAAAAUGAAGUUGGUAUGUUGCCAGGAGGCCCCAUGCAGCUCCCUUAUCUAUACAAGUUAAAAUGUUCACGGACAGUUUAACCCCAAAUUUGGAUCUUCAGCAUGGGUCCUCUUUGUCCCCGUUGGCAUCUGUUGUCUAAAAGUACAAACUUUUUCAUUAAGGAAAAAAAAGUGUAUUGUUUUACCCAUUUCUAGCUCCUAAUAAAAAAUAUAUAUAAAAAGUGAUUUCUGUAGACUUAUCAGGAGGUGGCCUUGUCAUGUACAUAUUUUAUGCAAGAAAUAUCCACUGUUGGACGAUCAGUGUGGUGUUCUGUAUUAGGACAUAUGAUAUUGGUAGAUCUUAAUAAAUAUCGCAAUAUGAUGUAUUGUUCUCACUAGAUGUAGAACAAUAUUUAAGGACGCUGGCAUUGUGUCUAAUAGAGUCUACAUAAUCUUAUUGGAAUGGUUGCAUGUUAUGUGCUAUUUCAAAUAAAAUAUGUUGUGAGUGUAUGGUAUGUAGUCUUAACACACAUAGCUUUAGGGUAGAACUAUGGUAUGCUGAAAAGGGAGGAGAUGAUUAUAGGGUGUAGCUGUAUUGUGUGCUAUCUCAGGAGGGGUAAUGUAUCUGGGUGGGUGUAAUUGUACAUUAUUCUGUCCAUAAGAUUCUAAGUAUAUGGUGUAUUGAGGAUGAAUGGGUGGCUGGAAGUUUGAGACACUCCCAAGUAGGGUCUUCCCGCAAGACAUGUUCCUCAUCUCUUGUCUCCUCUUCUCUACGUUUAUUAGUAACGUAUUAGCUUUUUAAAUGCAAUCUGUCAUAAGGAUUCUAUCAAGUCAUCCAGUGCGUAUAGUAAUACUGUGCUAAUGGUCAUGUCAGAUUGUUGAAAGUGUAAAUGUGGGGUCACCUGUAUUCAGUCAGAGCUGUCCACAAGCUACAGUGCCAAGAGGGCACCGCAAUCAUCAAGACCUGAAAUGUGGGCAUCAAUGGUUACUCUGAGCCUCUGGGUUAAACCCUGAGAGUAGCUAUGUAUGGUUACACAAUAAUAUCCAUUCUCUAGCUCUAUGGUACGUUAUUUUAUGGGACUUAUAGCUAAGGUAUAUUUUGUAGCAUUAUGUUAUGCCUUUUUGUUGUUGUUAUAUGACUUGUAUUAAUUCGUCAGCUGUAUGCUACGGCCUUUUUUAAACUAGAUUAGAGAGGCUGGGACUGUUGUUACAUUCUGUAACACGGUCUUUGGGCAUGUUUAAAACUAUUAUGAGAGAGAGCCGUAUCUGUGUUAUACACUUUAACUUGCACUUUAUGGCUAUUUCAUGUAUUAUGAAGUCUUUUGCUGUUAUACACUUUAACAUGGACUUUAUGGUUGUCAAAUGCUGUAUUAGGACCACUCUAACAAUAUUACACACUGUGACAAGGGCUGUAUGGUUGUUUGAUGCCGUAUUAUGAAGGCUUUCUCUGUUAUAAACUUUAACAUGGACAUUAUGGCUGUUUAAUGCUGUAUUAGGACAGCUGUAACUAUAUUAUACACUGUGACAAGGACUGUGUAGCUGUUUAAUGCUGUAUUAAUGCUAUGAAAUUCUCUGUAUUAUGUUUUGAUACAUUUGUUAAAUGUCAUUAAUUAUUGUAUGCUGUAACAUGCCUCCAUAACCAUUCAAUAUGGUAGAAAGGCUGUAACUGUUGUAUAGAAUAAUACUGACUUUAUAGCUCUCUGACACUGCAUUUGGAAAGCAGUAACUAUGAUACACAGUAUCACUGGCUCUGCAACAAUUUGAUAUUAAGGGGAAUGGGGGGGGUUAUUAAACGGACACUGUAUUCACCACGACCACUUUAUCUUGAUCUGGGUGCAGUGUGUCUGUUCUUUUCACCAUGUAAUAUAAAGCAAUAGAGUCUUUAGAAGCUGUAAUGUUUACAUUGCAGGGUUAAUUCGGCUUCUAGUGGUGCUUCCACGGCACUGAUUGAGUAAAACUUGGUCAUAUGACGUAGACGUUCAUAGGAAAGCAUUGGGUACCUUUCUAGAAAUAGUCCGCAUGGAAGUAGUCUUGGCUAAUCAUGUAAUCAGUACUGCUCUGAGUAAGGCGCACCUCUACAUCUGACACUUGUAGCAUCUGAUUGGUAAGGUUUGUGUUUUAUCUUUGUAUGGAAUCUCUAUUUUAAAAAACAAACAAACAGAAAAAUAGUGGUAAUUUGCAUUUUAUUUCCCCAAAUUGAGUAAUACUUGACUGCUUUAUUAUGGAGUGUGGAACUAGUGCUUCUUUCAUAUUUAAAAAGUAAAGUAUAACUAAAAUAAACUUGGGUUAUGAGUACAUGACAUGUACUGAUCUGCUUUUACAAGGUUCCAUUUUAGUAUAUGUCAAGUCUCUGGUAUAUGCCAACACAAGAAAUUUGGUAUAUGUCAAGUCUGCGUAUAAAAGAGUUGCGAGAGGCAAUAUUUUUCAGACAUAUGCACAGAGAGUGUCUAAAAAAUCUCCACCCGACUGUCAGAACCAUAGAAGGACAGAAUGCAACAGGCAAAUGUUUGAAUGCACUUCUUCCAUUUCAAUACCUUCAAACAUCAUAGGUUAGAAUUUUAUUUUAUUAUACUUAUAACUUUUUAACCACAUCUGUAGCAGUUGCGUUCUUCAACCGCGUCUUAGUGACUAUUUAACUGAGCUCUUAGAAUUGUAACAUUUUGAUUGGAGUUGAGGUCAUAAAUGCGGUUAAUAUGGCUAGGUGUAUCAAAUUUCCCGGCCACGGCUGAUGGUAGAUUUCUUGGGCAUCCGGGACAUUUGUCUCCUUAAAACGUACAUGUGCGUUUGUGGUUUUGUUUUCUGUGAAGGUUUCCUGUUGACUUAUUUUACUUGACUUGUGAGUUCCCAGAGAGUUAAUAUACUGCUGCUAUAAGGUUAAAAAAAAUUGCCUGAGUCACAAGGAACAAAAUCAAUGAUAUAAGUUGCCAUUUUUAUUACCUGAUCUUUUUUUGGUUGUUGUAUUUAAAGUAGAAAUUAGAACCAGUUCUUAGAGCAGUAUUGUCCAGCAUCAUACAACAGUGAUGGCGAACCUUUUUGAGCCAGAGUGAUGACCAAACUGCAAAACUUGCCAACUUUUUUUUCCUUAAAGUGCCAGCACGGCAAUUAAACCUGAAUACUGAGGUUUAAAGGGACACUCCAGGCACCCAGACCACUUCUGCCCAUUGGAGUGGUCUGGGUGCCAACUCCCACUACCCUUAACCCUGCAAGUGUAAUUCUUGCAGUUUUCAUAAACUGCAAUAUUUACCUUGCAGGGUUAAGUCCUCCUCUAGUGGCUGUCGAAAAGUGUGUUCUAACGAAAAAUGUGUUCUAACGAUGCUGGACGUCCUCAUGCUAUGUGAAGACCUCCAGUGUCGCCGAAAUCCCCAUAGGAAAGCAUUGAAAGCAUUAUUCAAUGCUUUCUUAUGGUGAGGUUUAAUGCACGUGUGCAUUACGUCUCCCAUGCCGCCGGUCACGCAUGCGCAAUAGGUCUCCCCCGCCGGCUGACGUCGGCGGGGGAGGAGCGUAGACAGAGCCUGACCCAGUGCCAAGGGACAUCGGCACUGGAUACAGGUAAGUCACUGAAGGGGUUUUAACCCCUUCAGCAACCUGGGAUGGGGGGUGGGAGGGAGAGGGGACCUGCAGUGCCAGGAAAACAUUUUGUUUUCCUGGCACUGGAGAGUCCCUUUAAGUUUAGAUAACACAACUCAUUCAGUUGUCCCGAACUAAUUAACAACUUUUGUUUUAAAAGAAGAACACAACAACAGAGAGUUCAAUGAUAUAAAUUUAAAAUAAUGAUAUUAAUAGAUAAAAUUAAGCUUAUAUUUAUUAGUAUCUCCAACAAAUACAAUACAUACACACACAGUCUGCGGAAUACGUACACUGCUGAAUACACACACACACAGACUGCUGAAUAGACACACACAGUCUGCUGAAUACAUACACUGCCAAAUACACAUACAGACAUACUGCUGAAUACACACACACACAGUCUGCUGAAUACACACACACACACACACAGUCUGCUGAAUACACACACACACACAGUCUGCUGAAUACACACACACACAGUCUGCUGAAUACACACACACAGUCUGCUGAAUACACACACACAGUCAUGCUGAAUACACACACACACAGUCUGCUGAAUACACACACACAGUACACACACACAGUCUGCUGAAUACACACACACAGUCUGCUGAAUACACACACACACAGUCUGCUGAAUACACACACACACAGUCUGCUGAAUACACACACACACAGUCUGCUGAAUACACACACACAGUCUGCUGAAUACACACACACACACUGCUGAAUACACACACACACUCUGCUGAAUACACACACACAGUCUGCUGAAUACACACACACAGUCCCAAAAGCCGUACUACACCACUACAUUUGAUAAUGAACACUGCUGCCAGCCUGAUUUUCCUCUCACACCUCACCCCUCUGUCAGUCCUUACAUUGACUUCCUGUAUGCUACAGGAGUCAAUUCAAGGUACUAAUUCACACCUAUAAAGCACUGAACAACUCUAGCCCCUCUUAGAUAUAAUUCACACCUAUAAAGCACUGAACAACUCUAGCCCCUCUUACAUUUAAGAGGGGCUAGAGUUGUUCAGUGCUUUAUAGGUGUGAAUUAGUAUCUUGAAUUGACUCCUGUAGCAUACAGGAAGUCAAUGUAAGGACUGACAGAGGGGUGAGGUGUGAGAGGAAAAUCAGUCUGACAGCAGUGUUCAUUAUGGACUGUAGUGUUCAUUAUAGAUAUAAGAGGGGCUAGAGUUCAGUACGGCCAACUCACGCUUGCAGGACUUCUCUGUGUGGAGCAUUGCCAUGGUAACACGCAGCAAAGCUCCACAGAGAUAGCUCGCGGGAAGACAGGAGAGCUGCUUCCUAGAUCCCUCCCCCUGCCCCCGGACACAGAAGCAGAGUAGGCGCCUUCGGUUUUGGGUAUGCAGGUGCCUACUCUGCAUUGAUGCAGACAGCGGCCCCCUCUCCCGGCGACCUAUGGCCGUGUGCCCACAGAGAGGGCCCGGUGUGCCACCUGUGGCACGCGUGCCAUAGGUUCGCCAUCACUGUCAUACAACUCUUUGCUUCUUCUCUACUGUAUGUUGUUAAUCACAAUUAGGACAAAAACAUAUCCCAGAAACAGUGACUGCAUCAUAGAAUACACUUGAUGUGUGUGCGUGAACAAAUGUGUAUGACUGGAAUCAACGGGAGUCACUCAUGCAUGUGCAGCACAGCCACAUGGUCUUCCAUGUUAAGUUUUUUUUUUCUUUUUCUCUCAUUGAGAGAUUCAGAAUCUCAGGAUCCAAGCCAGAAACAUUUCAGACAUAUAGUACAGUUAAAGUGGCUUGGUCACCACCCCCUUCCACAAUUAGUAUUCCAUAAAGAUAAAAUCUUUCUGAAAUACUCACAUCGAGUACUGGAAUUUCAGGGAAAUUUAAGCACCGUCAAUAGAAAACCAAGACCGUAGGGACUAGUGCUUAAUAGUAUAUUUCUUAUGCUUGACAAAAUACAGAGCUACUGCCAUUUAAAUUUUGUAAUUUCCCCCACUUGUCACUAGUGAUGGCUAUAGGGAAAAAGGCAUGAUCUAUGGAGGGUUUCGCUGGAUAGACCUCAGUGUUGGACUCUUGCGCAUGCACGAUUGUACAGCACUAAUAUGAGCAACUGGCCGGAAGACCAUGGCGGCAGGCGUGAGGUACAAGUUCCGGUAAGUAAAACUCACUUUCCCUGCCCCUUUGCGACAACCAGACACCAAAGGAGCAGUCAAUGUCAGGGGUCUUUGCAAAGACCCCAUUCGUUGACAGAGCCGCUUUAAAUUUGCAAAACUAGUAAUUCGAAAAUAACAUUUAAUUAAUUUAUUUAUUUUUAUGUAAAUCAAUAAUAAGACAUAGAGUGAAAAGAGAUAAAUUCACCAUGAACAAAACAUGAAUGGAAAUAUGAGGAGUUAUUGAGACUAUUGAGAAUAGCUAUAAAGACUUGUUUUUUCAAUUUCCAAAUCAUGCGUUAUGUUCAGUAGAUGUACGUGGUGUAUUAAGGAAUAUGUCUAUCCAGUUAAAUCCAGGUGAAGUAGUUUUUUGGAGAAGUAGUCUUGUUAAUGUAUUCUAGUGCAUGACAUACUACAUUUAUUUUCCAGUUCCACAUUCCAACUGGUUUAGAAAAGUAUAAUUUGAGACUUUUCACAAUGGAAAUGCUUUAUUUGCCAAAUACCAAAAGGUCAGCAGAGGUCACCUAUUUGGCACAGUCCUAUGGAACCAACAAAUCACUGUGUCCGCCCUGGAUUGCUCCAGUUUCAUAUCUGAAAAUAUAUAUUCUCCCUCUCCAUAUAAAUAUAUAUCCAUAUAGGUGAUGGUCUGAACAUCUGAAUAGGGGAUGUUUGUGAACUACAUUAUUUAUUUAUUUUUCUUUUUUCUAAAAACUAGGAAAGCAUUUUAAACUGUAAUGUUCUAUUUAAAAAAAAGUGUCAGCUUCUCUAACAUUCUUUCUUAGCAGUCAUGGAAUGCUGGGCUUUUUCAGUACAGGAAGUCGUUAUUUUAGACUUCUAAUGUUCUUGUAAGUGCCAAAUAUAUUUAUCAGUCAUUUCCAAUUUGCAGUGAUCUAACUAAAAGUGCUAAAAUGUUGAUAUGUGAAUGACAACAUUGCAUCGGCAACUGCUUAUUCAUGAAAAAAAUAGAGUUUACCAAAAGAACGAGGAAAAAACGUUUUAUAGCUCUGCGUGAGUGUGGAGUAAACUCAUCAGAUUAAUAAUUGCAUAUAAUUUUUCCUUUUUUUUUUUUUUUUGCCAUGAAUUCAUGUAAACCAAUUUUUAUUUACUGCUCCUUUAAAUGACAUUUCUUUAAAUAUUUAUCAAAUAGUAAGUCUAAAAUUGUGCAAUUCUUUCAUGACAUCAUGGGGUUAACAUUUGGAUCAUGCCUUGCAGUAUAAUUUAAUAAACCACUCUUUUUUUUUUUUUUUCUCUCUCUCUCUUGAUGCCUGAAGGUGUGAUGUACAUAAUAUUAUUCUUUUUGGAAACGGCACAGCACCAAGUGUGAUCUAGAUCAUUUUUUUUCCAGUCAUUUAAAGACAUGAAAAGCAUUUUUACUUUGCUUGUGUUGGCUUAUUUUCUCAAAUUUUCCAUGACUUCAUUGCCUGUUCUAAUAGCGGCUAGGAACAAUGCAAUUAAUCUCCCAGUUACAUUGCUGGAAUUUAUUGCUUCACUCCUGCCAUUGACAUGUUCUCGCCACAAAAAAUUAUAAAAAUGGGGCUGCAGAUUGUUAAGAGCGAGACCGAAAUUAGCUUCCACGCAAAUAAACUAUGCAGUGCCAGCUUUAAUGUCCAACCGACUCCUCCACAACUGUGAAACAGAUGUUGUCUCCUGUCUUUGGAUUCUCCAGUUACAGAAAUUUGCUGAAAUAAGUUGUACUGCUGAAAUUAUAGUUGUCUUUUGCAUUUGCCUGAAAUGUUCCCUUGCUAAAAUGUCUGGACUUAUUCAGAAAUUAGCAAUCAUGAAUUUGGCAAAGUUCUAGAACAAUUGUUGUAGGCACCCAGACCACGUCAGCUCAUUGAAAUAGUGUUGGUGCAGUGUCCCUGUUCCCUUAACCCUGCAAUGUAAAACAUUGUAGUUUUAAAGAACCUGCAAUGUCAAGACUGCCUCUGAAGCGCAUCCUACAUUUUCACUGGAAACAUGGAGUUUAACUCCAUGAAACAGCGCUAGACAACCUCAAACUUUGCGUGAGGACGUCCAGCGUGUUGAAAAAAGCAUUGAGUAUAACAUUAACAAUUACUUUAAAGUAAUUCUAUAGUGCUAGCCAUAUUCCUGUCACUAUAGCUGCCUCACGUCCCCGAUCAACAUGAAUAAAGCGUAAAAAAAAAACUUUAUUUACUUACCUGAUCCCAGCGCCGAUGACCCUCGAUACUGGGUAGCAGCUCCGCCUUCUCCAACGUUACUGGCGAGGGAAAGCUAAUGCACAUGCAUGGUGGCGUAUUAGACCCUCUUGAUAGGAAAGCAUUACACCAAUGCUUUCCUAUAGGGAAAUAGCAGACGCUGGAUGUCCUCAUGCAGAGUGUGAAGACAUCCAGCAUCAGUUACUUGACCAAAAGUCUGUUAUCAUCCUGGAAGUGCCUCCAGUGACUGUCUGGUAGACAGCCACUGGAGGCAGACUUAGUGCUGCAAUGUAAACACUAAGUGCAAUAGGAACACUGCACCCAUACCACUUUAAUGAGCUGAAGUGGUCUGGAUGCCUAUAGUAUUCCAUUAAGGGCUAUUCACUGAAGUGAUAAUUGCCAGAAAUAUAAAGUGAAUUCAAAAUGAAUUUCAAAAUGAGCAAACUGAAAACAAAAUUUCUCUAAUCUUGGCCAACAUUUUAGAAUUCACUUUGCAUUGUCAGCAAAUAAAUAAACCCUGUUUGGGCUAUCACAUGAUACUAAUAUUGUGUUUACACAGCACUCACUUGCAUAUUAUAUAUAGCUAACAUGGCUUUUGCUCUAUAUUGUGUUAGAAAACGAGGAAGCCAAUGUGCGAGAGUACAGCAUUGAGGUCUAAGGAGAAUCCUGUGAGACCACGGGAUCCUUUAUAGAUUAUUAUUAUUUCUUAUUAUUUUAUUAUUUAUAUAUCGCCAUCUAAAACCGGUUCCCUGCAGCCGUCACUGGUAACAACUGGGGGGGAUUGACCGUUCUAGACCGUGGUAGCUCUGCCCAGUGUCUAGAAGUAUCAGAUGUAGGAAGUAUACAGAGACAAAGUAGUCACUCUCAGUAUAUCUCUUAACUGGGUUGGAAUGUUAUUGAAAUUCCAAAACAUUCAAAAUGAGUAAUUUCAUAAUUAACCCCUUAAGCACACAACUUCUGAAAUAAAAGGGAAUCGUGACGGAAUAGUCCUUAAGGGGUUAAUCUGUCUCUGUGACCUACAAUUUUUUCAGGGGGUGACAAUGCCUUAAACAUGUUUUAUUUUCUGUAGAAGAAAUGGCAAGACUGUUACACUUCCUACAUAAUAAAUUAGCUAUCAUUAUUUCAUUAUUUCAUAACCAUCUGAGGCCAUACAUAAGCGAUCUAGGUAGCAACGUUGACACACAAAAGUAUGUUUUAACGAUGAAUGGUGCCUUUUUUAAAUUUCUGUUUUGUCAAAUAAGCAGAAAAAAAUGCAAUUGAGGCUGUUUUAACAUACUGUUUUUUUUUGUUUUGUUUUGUUUGUGUGACAGGCUACGUUAGGCUACAUGUCAUGUGACCUGUAACUUAUUAAAAUAUGUUGCCAAAUAUUCUUUCAAAUGGAUUUAGAAAAAAAUUGUAUAUUUCAGAUGUAAGCCACAUUUUAGACAUUGCAUUUUUGCCGGCUGUAAACUGUCUCUGAUUUCAUUUCUCUAAAAGGGCGUACUCAAACGUGGGCACAGCUGGUGCUUUCUAACAACAACUUGAAAAAGUCUUAAAUUUGCUUAUUGUAUUUCAAUAUUUUCUUUUUGACCCUAUUGGCAGUUACCCUUAAGAUGUGUUCAUGUAGGAAAAUGAACUGUACACCUGCCUCCACUAUCAUCACUUUACGUUCCUUAGCAAGGUUUAGCUUAUUGGCUGAGAGUGAUCCACUCGCUGGCAUUUGUAGUGUAGAAGAGGAGUGACACUCUAUUAAUUCCAGGUAAAAAAAUCAAAUUGUUCAAAAAGUGAUCUAUUUGAAAAAAAGAAACUGUUGAGAGAUGGAGUGUUCCUUUAAAACAAGUUAUGUUUAGCUCAUUGUAACAUUUAUUGUACAUAGUAUCUAUGUAAAGAUACGUAGAAAUGGUAAUAAUGCAAUUGAUACAGUAAUUUUUUUUAAUGUUGCUUGUAAUGACCUAUAAGUUUCUAUACUCACACGUAGGAGAAAAAAAUCAUAUGGGAAAGCAUUAUGAUUGGCUGACAUUUUCAGAAUUGAUUCUCAGCCAAAGAGGCAGAUCGGGGGCGGAGCCAGCGUCGGCAGAACUGGACGGCGCUGGAAAUACAAUGAGUUUUCAAGAUAUUUAAGGGGGACAAGGAGGUUAGCAUGUUUUUUUUUUUUUUUAUCACUUUAGAGUCAGGAAUAUAUUUGUGUUCCUGACCCUAUGGUGUUCCUGACCCCUUGGUGUUCCUUUCAUUUUAGUCCGCACAUGGGGUGGUCCGUGAUCACCUCGUUAUAAAGGAACCUAUAGUUCUAAAAUAACGAUUAUUUUCAGGAUUAUUGAUUCUCUUUAACCUCUCAAACUGCUCAAAUUAAACGUUGCUAGUGUUUACAACAAAUGCAAGAUUAUAAAAUUAGAUGUAGUUCUGGGCGUUUAAACUUAUCACGUGUUCGUGGAAAGAGCAAUAUUUAGGACUAGAUUAUAGGGUUGCUUGUGAGAGACAAUUGUUUGUGCUCCAGGGAGAAUGCACCAAGAGAAUGGUCGAGGAUGAAGCAAAUAUGUUCCAUAUGUAGAAAUCUUAGCAUUAGAUUCUGUUUUGUAGAAAUGCUGUGAUUAUUUAACCAUUUUAUACCCUCCUUUUGCAAUAAAAGUAGGCUUCUUGUGUCAUAUUUUUUUAUUUUUUUAUUCUUCCUAUGCAGUUAGCUGGUAUAAUUUUCACUAAUGUUAAAUAUUUAAUCUCUACAUUUUCUUUCUAUGGUGCAGAUCUAUUUGUUCCUCUUUCCAAGUACUUUUGUAUGUUUUCCUUAAGUCUAUGACAGAACUUGAUGACAAUAAAACUCACAGUAAAAUAUGGAGUGUGUGACUGUAAAACUCAGUGCAAUGUGUAUUGAUGAUCAAAGAAGUCUGCUAGGGUGCUUUGGUGCCUGAUGGGGACCCAGGUAAGAGGGCAAAUCAUUGCUUAAUGGUUUGCCCCAUUAGAGGGGAACAGGGCCGUAUACUCCUGGCAUCGUAUCCACUACAGUAGUGGUUAUGUAGAGGCUAUGAUGCUGGGAGUAACCCUUUAGGCCGCGUGUGUGAAUGUACUGCAGGCUCGACAGCCGUUACAUUCACAAUUUUUUAUGUAUAUAUGAGAAAGUCACAGUAUUGUACAACAGCAAUCUUCUCAGAAUGGUGAUUUGUCGUCACCAUAUUUCAAUAUACAUGUUGGUAAAGUAGAUUGUGUACGUAAAACACUUUGUUCUUGUUCUAUAUUGCUUAUUAAAAUAUAUAACUUGCAGUGGGUUCUAAAGUCGGCUAUAUUGUAAGGGAGUGGUAACUGGGUGCUAUGGCUCCAGGUUAAGCCCUUCUGAAGGGAGUGAUGUCUAAAUGCUUCCCACUCACUUCCUGUGUCCUUAGGGAGGAAUUACUGGGCAAGGCUGAUUUAUCCAAUGCGCACCGUGACUCCUAUCACCAUGACAACUUUAACUCACUGAAGUGGUCAUGGUGUUUGAAGUAACCCUUUAAUAUGCAGUGCACUUUGAGUUUUACAGUCAGUCAGCUAAGGAGAUAUAAACAGCACAAUUCUUAUAGCAUAAUAAAGAAAUGUGGAGAGGCACACUAUGCAUUAUGGGAAAAGAAUUCCAUCAUCUGUUGCCAUGUCCCUAGAUUCCCUCAACAGAUUUAGUUUCCCACAGCACGUAGUUCAUUAUUAUGUAUCAAGUUCAAAAUAUUCUAAUUGUACAUUUAUUCAAUUGAUCUUCUAAGGCAGCCUGUUUUUGUGGGAGGGAUUUUUUUAAUGUUCAAAACUUGCCAGCAACCAUUGUAGUUGGCAUUUGACCUCAAAGAGAUUAUCUGUGGAUUUAACAAUAAAUAUAUAAGCAGAUAAAAUAGGAACAAAUUAUUAGCAGCAAAAACUCAGAGCAACCACCUUCAAACGGACUUCUUUUAUUUUAUUUUACUUAUCAGAUAUUUCUCAGUUCAUGGUCAUGGUUUCAAAAUCCGAAAUGCUUUUUAAAAAUCAGUAAAAACAAAUACUCACAGGUUGUUACUAGAUUUCAAAGUCUCUCCAAUACUUGUUUUCUCUAACUGCUUUGGGAAACCUUUGCACUAUGCAAACAGCAUCAAUGGAGUAACACAUAAAAAAAACAUACAUUUAGCACCAUGUUAUAUGUACAUAAUGCUUUUAAAUAUAGUUAUGUCUGAAUACAAUUAUUUUGCAGAUUUUACAAAUCAUCUCUUUAUCGUAGAAACCACAAGUUAGCUGAGCUCUCUUAGCCAAUCCCUGAGUUUAGUGAGCAGACUCACUAAUUGCUUAUGUGGCAGGGGUAAUGAAAUGCUGAUUGCGCAUGCACAAUUCAAUUGCAGCUAUCUAAUCACUUGCAGUUUGUGCUAUUGUUGUGUUCCUUUUUUUCUGCUCAGUUAAGGAAAUGCCUCUGGUAGGUGAUUUGUACAUGUGUAAAUAGGAAGAUAGGAGAUUCUGAAAAAUGUCUGCGUAAAUGGAUUUGUGGUCACUGCCUCUCACUUCCUUUUGGGGGAGGAGAGGGGGCACAAUGCUAGAAUUGAGCAUGUAAUUAAGCCAAGAAAAUUAUUUUAUCAUGAGCUUUAAUAAACAUCAAAAUUGUCAAGAUACAUAUUGUUUUCCUUUGGUACGAUGGCUUAAUGUGGCAGAUGUUCUUAACCCCUUAAGGACCAAACUUCUGGAAUAAAAGAGAAUCAUGUCAUGUCACACAUGUCAUGUGUCCUUAAGGGGUUAAACUAAUUCCCAAGGAAGCUCAGCCAGCCUAGAGGCAUGAAAUAUAUAUUGGCAGCCAUUUUUAAUUUGUUUCCCUCCCUCCCCCUCAAACAAAAAUGUAUAUGAGACUUAAUGUUUCUAGUUACUGGGCCUGUAAAGCAUGGGUAUAAUUCAUAGAGCUAGGCACCUGGUAGAGGAGAGGGUGCGGGGAAGGGGGUACUUACGAAUCUCCCCAGAAAAUCUUAAGAACAUAUGUGUGGUUUGGACUAUUGUCCAAGGCACCUCUAUCCUGAAUUUCUUUGUUUCCAAUCUUGAUGGUGAAAUUGGUGAUAUUCUUAUAGCAAUACAUUGUGCUCAUGCUCUUAUUAAGUUUUGUGCUAAAACUCUGCAUGAGCAAAGUUCUAAAAAUGGAAUCAAGCUGUUGUUUUUUGAGAUCACACAAACAAAAACUAGUAGACAAAAUAAUAGUAAAAUCCCACUAUAGUGUGAAAACCCUGUCACAUCAUCUGUUAUAAAGGGUUAAAUUAGAAGUGUACAAUUUGUAAUAUACAGCAUUGUAAGGUUCCCAAGGAUUAUGCUAUUUUAUAUAGAGUGUCAUUAUCCAUCUAAUGAAGUGGAGCCAGCAAUAGAUUCAUGGCCUCCCAGUGUUUGUCAAUUUUCUCACUACCAGUCUUAAAGAGUUACUCUGACCAAAGAUCCUGGCUUAUUGUUGUUCUAUGGAGGCAGCCAUCCUUAAAUCCUCUUAGAGGGAAACACUACAUACCCAUUCUAAGACUACGCAGGAAAUCGAGAGUUUGUGUGCAUUCAUGAAUCCUGACAUCAUGUAGUGUGAAGUGCCAAACAUCUCAUAUUUUGCAUGGUUUUGAGUAAAAGCAGUGCUUCUCAUAAAGAGGACUCAAACAUGGCUGCCUACAUAAAGCAAGUGCAAGUCACAAGAUGCACUGAAAAUGGAGUGUUAUAUUUAUAUUUAUAUAUAUAUAUGCAUUAAAAGAAAAAAUCAAGAAUAUUCUUUAUUAGAUGUUGUAUUUUAUUUUUCUGAACAAUAACAGAAUAAUGACGGGUUUCCUUUAAUUUCCUUUAAUUUGAUCAGAGAGUGCAGUACAUGGAUGGAGUCAAUGAACAGCUUGGUUUUUGCAAACCUAGCAGUUUGGAGUAGAAGCUGGCAAAUAAUUAUUGUUAUUGGACUACAAUGCUGUCUGGGAUUCCUUAUAUAGACAGGCAAACUACAAAAUCUACCCAUUCAGAAUGAUGAGGAAUUCAAAACCUUUAGUCUUCUAAAUAUUUGUCUUUGAGACCAGUGUACACUGGCCAUCAGAUUGUGGACCAUUUAGCACCAACACUUAUUUUGAUUUGUCAAAAAAUAUAUUCUUUUCAGGUAAUUUUUGUUGUGCUUCAGAAAAUUAUUCCAACCGGGCAUUCAGACUUGACAUAGUCAUGUGAUCCACUAGGAUCAUUGACCCUCUCUUAGUAGUCUCAUAGCAUUACCUCCAAUCUGAAAAAUGAGGUUAGAGUUCACAAAAGGUCACGUGUUGUCUGUGCCAACCUCAGGGCUUACAUUCCUGCAACAGAACUACCAGACCAUGAUACCGGCGCUAGAGCAAAAAAAUAAGUUGGUUCUGUGUCAACUCUUUGAUCUUUGGCAUUGUGUUAAGCGAAUCAGAUUGCUUUUUGGCAUAUAGCAAAAAUACAUUCUUUAAAGAACAAUCCCUAACAAGUACUCUCUCUCCCCUCUCCUCUCUCUCUCCUCUCUCUCUCUCUCUUGUGCUUUUUUUUUUUGCAAAGUUCAAAUGUAAUAAGAAAAAAUUGAAUCCCAGUAAAUGUAUUGACAGCAGCAGUUAUAAUCCCUGUAGCAGUGUGAAAACCAGAAUUUGAUAUUACUGGAAUACUCCAAGCACCAUAACAACUACAUUAUGCCGUCCCCCGUCCCCCCAUUUAAGUAGUCAAACCUUUUUACAGCCGUUUACCUUCUUACCUCUGGUCCACUGGGCACCUCUAUGCCCCCCUCCAGGAGGGCUGAAAGAUUUUUCUCUGAGCUAAGCCCUGUAGUGCAGGUUCAUUGGCUGAAAGUGAUCAGCUGUAGUAGUUAUGGUACUUAAAUUGUUUCUUUUAAAAUGUGUAAAUAAAAUGUUAGAAAAAUAAAUCACGGUUUAAAUUCUAAAGAAAGAAUUGUGGAGAAUUGCACAUUUAGGCCAAAAUAGCUGAACUUGAGAAAUUGUUGGAGAUUCAUUUUCUGUUCUCCUACCAUGGCCUGACAUUUCCAGUCCUCUAAUCUGUUCUUAGCUAUUCUCAUUUUAUUAAAUAAACCACAUUUUGGUGUUUUUUUCAACAGGCGUUAAAAAUGUGAGGUGUUUUUAAUUUUUAAUACUGUUUUUUCAUUGACAUUUUCCAGUCAUCUCAUGUAAAAAUCUGAACUCUUCCAAACAGCCUCUUUACUUGCAGGUCAUAUUGGUGCAGGUGAAUCCAGGCGAAACCUUCACAAUCCGCACAGAAGAUGGACAGAUUCAAUGUAUCCAAGGUAAUUCAACUGCUACUGAUUGAUUGAAUCAUUCUUUCAAUGAAACUCUGGGUUUUCCCAGCUUUGUAUCACAAUGACUAUGACCCUUCUGUACAGUUACAAGCCACUGUGUAACAUCACAAGGUCUGUUAGUCAAGGACUUCCUGUUAAACAUCUGUCAUAAUCAUUUAAUCAGAUGCAAUGCAUGUAGUAUUUGAAAAAAAAAAAAAAAAAACAUAGAAACAAUGCUGGUAAUAUAAUAAAACUACAUUUGUACAGCAUGUUAACUAUAAAAUGAGAUAUAUUUAAUUUUCUUCUGAUCGUUAGAGCCUAGCAUUAAUUUAAGUCAAACAAGCAAAGUCUUACGUCUUGUUAAUCAACUAAUGUUCAUUUUCUCUCUCCUUUGCAGGCCCUGCACAUGUCCCCAUGAUGUCACCAAAUGGUUCAAUGCCUCCUAUAUUUGUGCCGCCUGGCUACGUGUCUCAGGUAGCAAUCAUUAUUAUCACCUUACAUGUAAAUUUAAUGAUUAUAUGUCUAUACAUCUGCAUAUUAUUGUUAAGAAUAAAAAGUUUGGAACAAGUAGCCAAAGACAUUAGCAACUGCUGCCAUUUAGGAAUUAAAUAACGUUUGUUACUGUUUUUGCAAUCCUACCCACACCUCCCCUGGCUGUGACUCACAGGCUGAAUGGGAAAAAUAGUUUUAUAUCCAGUCAGAUUUUGUCUUGCUUUAGAAGGUUUUAUCUCGGCUUUCUAAAUUGAACUUUAUUGCAGACAGGAGACUCCUACUGGAUCUAGAAGGCUAUUAACACAGCAAUUAAACAGAAUGUGCACUACAAUACAUUUAAAAAUUAAAUCUCUCUUUACAGGAAGAGUAUAGGAAGGCUGUGUAAGUCACAUGCAGGGAGGUGUGGCUAGGGCUGUACAAACAAAAGUGAUUUCACUCCUAAAUGCCUGAGAACUGAGCAGUGAGACUGAAGGGGCAUGAUCUAUACACCAAACAGCUUAAUUUAGAUAGUUGUUUUGAUGCCUAUAGUGUCCCUUUAAUGCAAUAAUGCACCCCAUGGUCCAUUUAAACAUUGUAAUUGGCUGAGUGGAGUCUCACCCUCUCCUUUCUUGAAAUGUGCCCCAAAGGAAUUCAGUCUCACUAUGCUCUCAAACAAUGAAGAUAACGUCAAAACUUCACAGAAACCUUGUGGUUUAUUCACACUAUUCCAUGGUGUGAGCUCUGUCUUCUGCUGUUAAAUAAACCACAAGAAUUCAGAAAGUUAUAAUGUUAUCUUUAUUGUGUAAAUAACUGGUGCAAACAAAUUUCCAUGGUGUAAAUUUGGUAUGUUCUUUUGAGGACUUAAAGAUAUCUCUGUACUAAGGGUUGCAGGAAAUAGCCUUCUGUAUGUCACUGACUUUUUAUCCAUUACUCAUGAUAUAAUAUUUUUUUUGUUGGUUUCCUUUGCAGCACAUUCUUAUUUCAUUAUUUUUUUUAUUGUUAUUUUAUUAUUAAUCUUUUUACUUCUAUGUAACAUAUAUUCUAAGGAUUAUUUUGCAAAGCCUUCUGGUAUCAUGGUAAUAUAUACUGCAGUCAAAAUCUGAAAACCCAAAAUUAAGUGCAUGGCAAAUUGUGCUAUUCUGAAACAUUUCUGGUAGUGUUUUAUUUACAUUGGCUUUCUUUGCACUCCUGGCUGUUUUCGAUAAAUAAUGCUCACACUGUGUGGUAUAAUGGGGUGAAGGCUAAAAGGUAUCCACUGAUUUAUGUCUUCAGGUUUUCCAAAUCACAGCAUUUUCGUUUUAUCGCCUUGUGCUCUAUAUUCCUGUCAGUAGCUAAAUAAUUUGCUGUUCUCAUUCACUGACGGGAACUUCAGAAUGUUUUUGGCAUACGUUGCAGCUUCACAUCCUUCAUUCCCGUUUAGCACAGAGGGAAAUGCUAUGAUAAGUUUAAUGAGCCAAAGCAAAUAACGUACUGGUGGUUAGUUUUUGCCAUCGUAAGUCUGAAACCAUCACCAAUUUGCUCUUCUGGGCUUGCGUUGCUUUUGCCGUUGCCUUCUUCUCUUUAUAUUUUAAAAUCUCCCUACGUGGAUAGGAACAAGUUAAUGAAAAUCACUUGUUUAAAUAUCCAGAGCCCCAUUUUUUUUUCUGAUCAAUUAUUGAUAAAUGUCUAAAUAAAACUUCUAUUGAAUUGGUCAAGGAUUUAAUUGCAAUAAAAAGAAAACUUCACAAUACAAUAGCAUAGGUACUAACUAUACUAUUCGUGUAGACCAGUACAAACUAGAUAUUAUAGAGCUUUGCUAAACAUAAAUAGUUAAAAUACCAAAUUGACAAUACUGAAGAAAACAAAUGAAUGGAUGACUUGAUAGAGGAAUCCAAUUGGUGUUUGUUUGUGUAUGUGUGUGUAUAUAUAUAUAUAUGUGUGUGUGUGUGUGUGUAUAUAUAUAUAUAUAUAUAUAUAUAUAUAUAUAUUCACACAUAAAUAAAAAUAAAAAAAGGUUGACACUUGAUUGUAGUUGGCUUACUUUGCACAACUCACAUGACAAGGAGUCACUCUGUUCACUUAGAAAACUUGCUAUGGAGCGACCUCCGGUAGAUAUAUCAGAGUAAGUGACACUUACUGAAAAAAAAAAUGAAUUCAAAGAAAGUGAUCACCUAUGGGUAUUUUGAGAUAUAGAUAUUUAUGUAAGAGUUCAACUCACAUAAAAAUGAGCCUUAGUGUGCAUUCAAUGUAUAAUACCUGCCACAGGAUACAGCUCAGAAUAGUUUAAGCACUUUGCUUAAUGCCCACUUGUGAAUUGGUAAGUUGCUUAUUAUACUGCAAGACAGGCAAAGCAUUAAUCAGAUGCAAAAUAUAAAUAUAGUAGGAAAACCGGUAACCUGGCUGAAUGCACCCAGAAUCCUUUUGCAAAAAAUUCCAUGAGUGUUUGACUGUGUAAAAUACAUCUUUUUUGACACAUGGCUAGUUUUUACAGUCAGUCACAGACACACAAUUCAGAGAAGGCAAACAAUGGCACAAAUAUCUGCCUGUCUAUUGAUCAGUCUCUGCUGGGGCCUCACAUCAAUAUUCCCAGCAAUUGGCUAUUUCACAUGGUACAUAUGCAAUAAAAAAAAAUCAAAACUAUAAUAAAUACAUAGAUCAACUGGUCUAUUUUUUUUGUCAGAUGCAGUCAUCAUCUAUACCAAUUUUAGAUAUUUUCAGAUCACCAAUAGAUCAUUUUUGUAGGAGCUACACGUGUUCUCAUUAUCCAACCUAAAGGCUUGAUAAAAUGCUAAAUAAUCCUGUUGAGGGUUUUUUUAAAUUCUGAAACUGAUGUGUCAAAUUCUCUUGCCGCUUUCUUCUAAAAAUGACCUUAUGUUAACAGCUCUGGAUUAUUUUAAUAUUAAACGUAAUUAUGAGUGUUUUCUCUAUAUUAUAUUAUUGGAAGAAAACACCCAUGCAAUGUUGAUUCCAAAUAAGUGUGGUUUACUGUAAAAACCGCCUGUCUUUUAUUUUAUUUAUAUUAUACUUGUGCAAUAAAUUACAAAUACCACCCACAAGGUUCAGAGAUGAUGUUGAGUGAUGCUUUUUUUUUUUUUUAAAUACACAAUUUCUUCAUUCAAAGGCCGAAACUUAAAGCUGUGUAAUGAUAUUUAAAUGACUUAUUCUAAAAAUAAAUAACUUGGGCAAUCAUUUUAUAAUUUUGUCAGUAUUUUACUCUGUUUGGUACUAUGAGAAUUGGUACAGUUAUAUCUUCUCCUUUAUAUGUGUCAAUACCAUGCAUCAAAUAUGACGAUCUGCACUGAUGUUAAAUUAAUCUGCAGGGCUAUUUAUUCAUACAAUGUGUUAAUUAAACUAUAUCUGGCGUAACAUACUUUAUAUCUAAAUUGUGAACAAGCUUACCUUUUAUUUAUUACUUUGUUUCCACAAAUAUGUCUGAAUUUAUUUUUGACCCUUGAGAAAAUCUGCACACGAUCACAUCUGCAUUUAUAAUAAACAUUUAAACAAAUAUUAAAAAAGUGAUUGCUAUCCUCAACUUUGCAGAUUAUCAGAAACAAAAUUUCCCACAAUAUUAAGCUUGUUUCCCAGUUUUUUUUUUAUUAAGUCACUGUUUAGUGAACAAAUCCCUGCAUUGGAACCAAUGGCAGCAAUUGAACAAUAUGUUCCAAUAAGAGUUUUAACUGUCCAGGAUGUAGAAGUAGAUAAAGAACUUCAUUCCUCGAAGCAAGAACAAAAUGUUUUCAUUGUUAUAACGCAGUGUAACAAAGUUAUUUCUUUUAAUACUAGUUUGGCUUUUGAUUUUUUUUUCCCACCAAAACCUAUUACAAUCCUAAUCCCAAUAGUUCCAUAGAAGGAUUGAGAUCACGCGGGGCCCUAAACAAGUUACUGUUUUGGACCCCACCAUCAGUCUUCACCUUGGUAUAGUGAACAGGGCCAAGAAUAUAUUCAUGGUUCAAGGAUUUGUGUUUAAUUAAUGGGCCUUAGAUUGCCACCUAAAGUCACUAGUUAAUCCUGCUCUGCAUAGCUCUAUUGAAUAAAGUUAUGUAUUUUCAGUUUCUCUUAAAUGUUUUCCCUUUCAGGUCGUGGAAGAAAAUGGAGUGCGCAAAGUCUUGGUUCUGCCGCACUCCGCAGAUUACCAUCAAGCAAUACACCCUCAGCUUUCGCACCUUGCACAUUAUAUGCAUCCUCACCCUGCCCUGCUCCCCCACCCUGGUCAUCCCGUCUACUCCCAAGUCCCUGGAACAGGAGAAAUGCCACCCCAAUUUAUGCACCAGCAUCCUCCUCCCCCACCACAUAUUUUCCAAGAACAAGGUACAGCCUAAUAUUUAAACCUUCCUCAACAGAAUAUAUGAGUCCAGGCUUCUUAUUUUGUUUAGAUAUGCUCACUCUUGUUAGCUGUAUUAUAUUGUAUAGUCCUCAUCCUGUCAAUUGUACAACAUUUUCUAUUAUAAUUUUGCGAAAAAGUAGCCUAUUCCAUUCAACUGUAGUUGAGGUAAAAUUAUAAAUAUAGAAUGCCAAUAUUUGUGAUGCAAAUAUUCAGUUACCUAGUUAUGUCUCAAGAAAGAUGAGCAUGUCCUCCACAUAUGUGUGGAUGACUAGGCCUCAUUCAAGUAAAUAUUAUUUAUAUACACCUGUAAAUUCAUCAGCAAAUGUGUACAGAAUAAAAUAUACACUUAAAUGAUUGUUUUCUGGCCUGUGAGCUCGGAUACCCUUGUAUCUGCAUUCUUGCAAUCUGAGAUUAAGCGGCAUGCAUUGUGGAAACAUCCUUAACAGCUUAAUGUAGCCCUGUCCAUGCAGGCAUUUUAAUGUGAACAUUGCUUUUUCAGAGAAAAGGCAGUGUUUACAUUCUCCGUAGCAACACCUCCAGUGGCAGUCACUUAGAUGACCACUAGAGGUGCUUCCUGGGUUAAGGGGGCUGAAUAGUGUUAACACUAUAGUGUCAGGAAUACACGUUUGUAUUCCUGACCCUAUGGUGUUCCUUUAAGCUAGUAACUUCGCACCUGAAAUGUGUACAUUUACACAGGCCAGAAAUAUACUUUUAGUCAAAGAGAUGCUCUAACUACCAUAAGGAUUACAGUUUUUUGUAGUGAUAAUGGGCAGAAUCUUUUUUUUUUUUUAUUUUUUUAUUUUUUUUAUGAGUAGUUCGAUGCUCUUUGGGCACUCAAAGACCAGGCUGUCUGCGUCCUCUAAAAAGAAUGCAAGAGUGUCACUUCUUUGUUACCUAUACAAAUCCUCCCAACACGGAAGGGAAAUUUUCAUAUUAUUUCAACACCUGCAGUGGGGAUGACGUAAAACUGCUCAAAAAUGGUGUGAGGAAAAGGUUUCAUUAUACACAGAUGCUCUUGCCACAUAAGCACUACAAUAAGUUACAGUGGUUAUGAAGUUUAUGAAAUACAUUAUUAACCUUUGCCUUCAUUUAUUAUAAUAUAGAUUUUUCCGUCUAUUAAGAAUGUAUUUCCUUUUUUGUUAGACAUUGUUUUCAAUUCAUUUUUCUGCACAUAUAAAUCGUCAGUGUUGGUGUUUAACCAAUUUGACAUUUUUAUCUUCAGAGCCACGUUCUCAUGGACGGACAAACUUCAUACAGCGAGAUGAGCGAACCAUGAAAGUGCCCGAUCCAGUUCGGAAGAGAUUAAAAGACAGACAAAUCGGAGGGCACAACAAUAACAAGUUAAACAGCCCACCUUCCUCUCCGCACAAAGCUCAACUUGCUGCCAAUGCACAUAUCCAGAAUGGAUACUCCAAGGGACAGCAUUUGACAGGGGGACUUGUUAAAAUGAAGCAAGCAACAAAGACUCGAGGCAGCCCAUCUGCUGACAGCGAAACUGGUAUGUACAGUAUUUUUGACAUCAAACCGUACUUUGCUCUUUCUGUUAGAUACAAUAAAAAGUGUGAUGUGGCAAAUAGGGCAAGACCGUAAUCACGGAGUGAGGACCAGCUGUGAAGAUCAGAGACAUGCUUUGCACUAGCAAUUGUUGCAUAGCGUGUUCCACUGCAUGGGCUUUUUAUCCCAAUCGUCUGUGUGGGCUUUUAUUGUGUGUGUUAAAGUUUAUUGCAUGGUAGUGUUCUGUGUGUGAAGGGAUUUGGAAUGUGAUGUUACAUCUUAUUUCCGCACAGCACAACACAGAAAGUGUUCUACUUAAAGGAACUAUUUAGAUUACCUUCCUUCCACCUCAGCAUGUGAAGUAAAAAGAUAGAUUUGCUUACCGUUUCUCCAUUGCUGCGGUGCUGUCUCCAUUUCUGAGAUCAUCAAUCCUGAUAAUCUCAGCCAAUCCAAUGCUUCCACACAGGGAAACAUUGGGAACAUAGUGCGCAUAAGUGGCAAAUCACUACGCGUGUUUUAACCCUGCAACAGAAACAUUUCCCUCUCUACAAAACUUAAAUCUAAACUACUGCACCCACACCACUUCAUUGAGAUCCUUUAAUAAUCCACAUAUUAAUAACACAAUCUUGGGUAGUCACCAAAGCCAUCCUCAGUCCAGCCUUGAUUCAGUUAACCCUGGAGCUUUUCCACACCUGAAACUUAUUGAGAAUGUCCCUUUGUGCAGCUUGGCUUGUAGCAAUAAUCCAUAUUUACAUCCAAACUUGGAAAUGACUAUAAAAUGUGAGCAAAGAAUAGGGUCUCCUACUAGAUUUGACCAGCUCAGUUUUACAGAAGACGCCUCUCAGUUGCACCGAAAGUUGAACUUAACAUGUCCUGUGUCAAUGUUUACGUCGUAUAUUUGUGAUGUGUGUGACAUUCAUUUGACCAUUGGCCUGAGUUUGGCAGCCAUUUCAUCUCUUUAAGUUAACCAUGAGGAAAAUAAAAUCUAAUUAGAAGCGUGUAACGCUUGUGGUCACACUCAAUCCAAAAAUGUCAGCCAUGACCGGUAACUUGGCAACCUGUAAACAAGCCUCCUUGCAAUUUCAUUCUGUUCAAAGAGACAAAUCCACAUUUUUAUUUAUUUUUUGAGAAAAAAAUUAAAAGGUUUACUUAAGAAUUCACUUAAUUUUUAUUCAUUUAGCCUUGGUAACGCUGAAAUUAAACCUUCGGAUACCAUGAAAGUGACCAAACCCUUUGCUACGGUGGUUAGAACUAAUGCUUUGUGUACCAUGGGUAGGAAAGAAAAUUAGACAGAUUAGUGAUUUUAUUCUCUCUGCGACAUGUAUAAAUAUAGAAGUGCUAAGAAAUUAUGUUCUGUUUUUGUGGUAACAAUAGCCCUUAAUUUAUCACAAUAUGUCAUUUGAUUGUGUCACAUGACUAUACUAGAACUAAUAAGCUCUGUUAAAAUAUGAUUUUGGCAAAUGUACACAUGACUUGUUAUUUUAUUGCAAGGAUUGGGGCUUUUCAUCUUAAAGCAGUGGUUUUGUCUGUAGUCUAGGUAGAGUUUCAACUUAAACAUUUGACCCCUUAAGGACACAACUUCUGGAAUAUUUCCCUCAUGUGUCCUUAAGGGGUUUUAAAUAGAUAUUUUUAUAUUUUUUUUGUAUCUCCAUUUAAAUGUCUUUUUGCAGUGCUAAUAUACAGAAUUAAAGCUGUCUUUCUAACUUUGCAUUGUAGCUUUUCACCUCACUCUAUCGCAUCCGCUUUUAAGUUGCACUUAUUUGGAUGGAGAACUGCUGAUUUUAAUCGUUCACAUGAUUUGUUGUUGAAAUUGUGGUUAUGGUGCUUGGAGGGUUUCUUUGAAUGGAACAUUCCAAUAAGCUGUAGUAGUUCUGGAGCUCAGAAAGCCCCUCACACACAGUAUGAUAUUUUCACUGACCACCCCCUUCUCCCCAUCUCCGCACCUAUUUAGUCUAGCUCGCCCACUCGGUCCCCAACUACUGCUUCUUUUGAAAAACCAAGUAGGGCACUGGAAAACUUUUCUGAAAGUGAGGGGCUUUGGUGUUUUCAUAAGAAUAAUACAUUCUUUAUUAAGAUUAAAAUGAGCUAUUGCUAUAAUACCAAACCAGUCCUCAAGGUACAGCCAAAAGUCCAAGAUUUAGGCAUAUCCCAAUUUUAUUCCAAAGGAGAUAAGUUAAAAAAAAAAAAAAAAAUGGUUAGUGAGUGUUGUGUCCUUGUUUUUAAAUGCCAGUGCUUUGCUGCGGGGUUAUUGGAUAGUAUUGGAUAUUUCUGUAGUUGAAGCACGUUUCAGAGAAACUGCAAUGCUUACAUUGCAUGGUUAAGACUGCCUUAUAGAUAGCCACUAGAGGUUCUUCCUGGUAUCUCACAGAGUUUAACUCUGAAGCGAUGCUGGACAUCCUCAUGCUCAUGCCAUGCAUGAGGACGUUUAGUGUCUUCAAAUCCCCCAUAGGAGAGCAUUGACUCAGUUCUCUCCUAUGGGGAAGGUCUAAUGCAUGCGCAGUGCUUGCCAUGCAUGCACAUUAGAUUCCAUGGCUCGGACAUCGGAGGAGGCAGAGAUGGAGCCUGUGCUCAGGGACAUUGGUGCUAGAAUAAGGUGAGUGUUUUAAAGGAUUUUUAACCCUUUAAUUGCAGGGGGUGGGGAGGGGGCUACAACUUUGUAUUUCUAACACUAUAGUGCUCCUUAAUUAGUGUGGUGACAUCUACUGUUAAAGACACCACAUUACAAAGUAUCUACAUUCAAGUGUUUUGUUUUAUAGAAUGUGUCACGAUGCCUGCAGACCCUAAUCCAGGAUGUGUAAGAGGAUGCUGCUUUUUAUGUAUCUGCUGUAAAAUGGCAUUCGCUGCAUGAAUGGCCACUGACUUUAAAAAGGCCUGCUGUUUGGUUCAAUUGAUAGGCAUUGAGUAGACUGGCAGAUUAUGUAAAUAUUCAAUCACAAAACUAAUUUGAAACUAACAUCUGUGCCUGUAGUCGGUGUCCGGGUUGUUAAAUCUGUACCAGCUGGUUGUUUUUCUUUUAAAUACUUAAAAUGGAAAAAACAAAAAACAAAACAGAGAAUGAAACAGUUUCGGGACUGAGUCAUACUGUGCGCAAAUGGUAAAUUUUUUUUUUUACGUUUUAUUUUUGUCUUUGUUAGAUAGUGAAGCGGAACCGAAAAAGCUACAGGACCUGAUCUCCAGCAUGGGGAAGCCUGCUGUAAGUAUGCUGUGAAUGUUUAUAAAAAAAUGAUUUGCUACUAAUAAAUAGGAAAAGACAUACCAUGAGCUAUUCAUUAAAUAGUGAAUUGUCAGGAAUUCUCCAAGUGUAUGUCAAAAUAGCUGUGCCUAAAACGCCUGACUUAUUUUUUAUUCUUUAAUUGAUUAUUUUCCAGUUAUAUUUUGUUUUUGUUUCGCUCGUGCCUAAAAUGUGUCCACCUUUGCUGCUUUCUGGACAAUUUACAGUUUAGUGAAUAACUUUGCCCCUGAACACUGACAUACCUUAUAGAUAGGAGUUUUGAUUGUAGCUGCUCACACAGUUGCUCUUGACAUUAUUUUGGUUUUGUUUUGCUUUUUAAUUUCCUUCUUGUUGUAUGAUUGCCAGAGGUGUGCCUACGCCUCUAUUGGGUACAUGUCAGGGUUUAGAAGGGUUAAGUAUGCAUCUAUGGAACUUUUUUAUAGCACACACAUGUAACUCAUAUAUGUAUUUUCUUAUCAGUACUCUCUGCUUCCAUUUAGGUGUCUGUAUUGGAGGCCAGAUCUGCUGUGUUGACGUGGAGCUUACAGAUCAGUUCCCAUAACCCAGAGAACCCCACAAGUAUCGUACCAGCUGCAUUAGUGUACGAGGUGACUGUGUCCAAUGGUGGCAAAAAUGGAAACUUCAAACAAGUGUACACGUAAGUAGGAACUUGAUACUUACCGGACAAUUUAAGGGAAAGUCUAGAAGAAAAAUGCAUAAUUUGUAUAUUUUAUUGUAUUUGAGCAAUGCAGUUAAAAUAUAUAUAUAAACAUUUAUUCGUUUUACAAAAUUAUUUUCCUUAAUCCUUAAAAUACCACCUCAUCAGCAACAAAGCUGAUCCACCACCUUUUUGCCUACUGCUAACUGUUUUGCUCAUGCUGGGCAGUGUCCAAUCAAAUACGAAGCAUUAUGCACACAGUGAGAUAUCAAAAAUAUCCCUGAAAAUAGUUACAUUUUUCAUUAAAUAGUUUAAUAUUCGAUCUUUGCCAAAUUAUUGGAUAAAAAUAAAACACAGUGGGAUAAGUCACAAAAUGUGCAGAUAGGUAUGCUUGCUUGAAAUAAUCCCUAGUGCUUUCUAUGAAGUUCUGAUUUCUUCUUCCUUGAUGACACAGGAGGCUGCUUUUCAAACAGGCAAUUAAAAAAAGCAGGAGAUAAGAACUUUUAACCUAAUAAAAGUUCCAACAUGAGCAGAGACUGUGUGUGAGAUUCAGGGGGAAGUGUGGCUAUGACAGCCAGAGGUUGUUUGGGUAGAGUGAAAAAAUAAAAUGGUUAAACCCCAGAAGGGCAGAUCACUAUGCAGUGAGCCUGUUGGUGUACGCUCUAUUUACCAUAACCACUUUAUUAUGCUAGGGUCCUAUUCGUGUUUAGACUGAACUUUUAAAAAUAAAACAGAGUAUUAGUCUACGGGUAGAAAUUGAGACUGUUCAAUUAUUUAGACUACAUAAUGGAGUUGUCUAGCAGCAAGUGGCCAGCUGUCACAUUGUGUGACCUUCUAAUUGAUCAUAUGUAUCAAUAAUAGUUUGUUUGUCCACAGAGGUGAAGCUACAACAUGUACGCUAACUGACCUACGGCCAGCAACUGACUACCAUGUUAGGUAAGUACAAUGUAGCCAGAGUAGUAAACUCAAGAACAAGUAGAAACAAAAUGCCAAUGUUAAGGUUUAAACAGUACCAACUUAUUGCAUAGAAGAGAAGAAAAACUCUUUGAUUUUAAUCCAGUCAAUCUUUUAUUUCAUAGAGUUUCUGCCACGUGCCCACCCCUGGAGGGAUCCAUUAGUGAACUAGUGAGUUUUACCACACAAAGCUGUGAGCCUGACACUCCAGGCCCACCAAGACUCUCUAACCGAAGCCGGACUUGUCUGACCUUACAGUGGAAGGUAUGUCUCCUUGAAUUGCUUUUACCACCUGGUAAACUGCAGCCUGCUUGCUGCCUUUGGAAUUCUGUUCUAAAACUUUGAUGGCUAUAGUUCUGUCUUUAUAUGCAUCAUGGAACGUCAGCUUUUGUGGUUUUGCUUGCUAAUGGUGCUUUCCAAAAUGUUUAGCUAGUCAUAUAAGACCAAUACUGCUAGAGUGCCAAAAAGUCCGGUUUAGUUUCUGGAAUAAUGUUCUCUCAGUGACCGCUGUUGCUGUCUGCAUUAUGAAUUUGUGUCUAGAGUUCAUAAUUACAGUUGCCAUGCUCAUUGGCUAAUGAUGUUGUUAAGUGCCAUAUCCUUCAAUCACGAACAGUGUGAAUAAUCGCCACAUAAAAUACAUGUUGAAUUAUAGGUAAGGGAUACUUGCAAACAAGGAGCUUACUUCGUACACACAGAGCAUGUAAAUGCCAACACAGCUACUUAAUCUGUAUUCACCCGUUUAUUUACUUGAGUUUAUGGAACUGGUACUUGACAUGGUGACUUAUGACUCUGGGUGUCAGCCAUGGCAUAAGAUAUCUUAAAACAGGGGUGCCCAAAAGGUAGAUCCUCAGAUGUUGUAGAACUACAACUCACAAGAUGCUUUUAGAAUGACAAAGCAUCAUAGAUGUUGUAGUUUUAAAACAGCUGGUGAUCUACCUUUUGGGCACCCCUAUCUUUAAAGAACACUCUAGUCAACAGUUUGCUUAUAAACUAGGGGACAACACCAGGGGGACUCCAGGCAGCCUAACCACAGCAAAUUUAAAAAAUCCUUGUGAUACAGCCAGGCAAUAGUUUUGGUUAAAAUGAAGGCUCAAAGUAAGUGCACUGCACACCAUUUUCCAGAAUUUAGGGGAUGCCCCUUCUUUGUGUCUCCAGUAAGAGAAAGUAAUAAGUAACAAAUGUGAAGUUUAUGGAAACAUUUUAUCUUUACAAUGUUUAUGUCAAACUUGACUGAGAUUUUUUUCAGGAUAAAUACUUGAACUUGAGACAAGAAAUUCUGUAAAGAUUUGAUCUUUCAUCUGUCACUAAAACCAGGGACAAGAAAUUCUAGAGUAAAAAAACCUCGACCCCCUCAAAGUUUGACCAGGUCAAUCAUUAUAUAAUAGGUAGUUGGCAUUCAUCUGCUUUUUGAAAUAAUGUGAGUGCUGAAAAUGAUGUUAGGGCCAUGGUCUCACCUGACUGACUGGAAACCCAAAUCAUAGUAGAAGAAGAUCCAGCACUAUUAAUGAGAGAAAAUGCUUAAUUUAUUGUGUCCUUGCAUCAACCAGUACAACAACAUUUUAAAUGUUGAUUCAUAUGAGGGAACAAUAAUAUAAUCCUUUCCACUGAGAGAGUGGGGACCUUCUUCAGUUAUCAAAUAAUAACCUUUUUUUGCACCGCAGUCAUUUAUACAUAUGAAGCCAUGGAUGGAUUGCUGACUAUUAUAUAGAUCAUCAGCAUUUUCAUAUCUAUUAUAUAGAUUAAAUAGAUCAUAAUAUAACCUUUAUAUAUAUGUACACACACACACACGGUAGGCGCAUUCACCAGAAUGUUUCAUACAAAGAUAAAUAAAUUCCUUGCAAGGGCUUAUUCCUCAUCAGUAAAAUGUUGAUCAUUACAAAACCAUUAAAAUGUAGUUUCCUGUUUCAUGUUAGCAUAUGUUUAAUUUCAUGAGUGUGCAACAAUGUAACUGAUAUUUAAAGGAUUAUAGCUACAAAAUGUAAAACUAUGUUUUGUUGUAGACUUCAUCUGAUCAUUCUUCUAUUCCCCCUUUUUUUUCCAGGCUCCUAGUGACAAUGGUUCAAAAAUCAAUGGCUUCCUGUUGGAAUGGGAUGAGGUGACUGUUUUGCGCAUGGCAUUUUUUAAAUCGUGUUUAUAUGUACUUUGUAUAGGCAUACAUGAUUGAAAUUCUUCAUAUCUCAGAUAUGGCAGGAAAUAUAUAUAUAUCAAUAGUUUUCUUCUUUUCCUUUCUCUUUAAGGGGAAACAUGGGCCUUUCAAAGAGUGUUACUCUGGAUAUCUCAAACAAUACAAACUUAACAAGUUGUUCCCAUCUACAAAGUACACCUUCAGAAUAGCUGCCAAAAAUGACAUGGGAGUAAGGUAUUAUUGGCUUCCAUUUUAUUUAUUUACCUUAGUGUUUGCAUAAUUAUAGCUGUAUACAUAACUUGUAUUUUUGAUUGUCUCCUCUCAUCCCUCCAGUGGGUUUAGUGAAGCAGUUCCUUACUAUACUUCCGGAAGUGUUCCCUCCACACCAUUGCCCCCCAGACUUGUGCAAUCUGGUAUUACUUGGCUGACAUUGGAAUGGAGCCCACCUAAUGAUAAUUCACCAGACGAGACCCUAACAUAUAGCUUAGAAAUGGAAGAGGAAGGCUCUGUAAGUGUAUCUCUAGAACGUUAAAUAAACAGACCUUUUUCAUAUAUGGUAUGUUUUUUUUUGUUUUUUUUUAAGGAUUAGCCAGUGUGCCAAUAGGACAAAGGAAGUGACUGUAAAUACUGGAAACUGGAUGGUUAAAAUAGUAUUGAAACAAAAUCUUUUCAGAUGUAUCUAGCGAAUGAGUGUAGCAUAUUAACUGGCUACUCUGUUGGCCUGAUGCUCACAGCUGUUGUCAAACAUGUAAUGUUUUGCACUUCCUGCUGCCAAACUAGAUUGAUUUAUUUAUGAUAGACUUUGUUUAGCACUUUUGCAAUAGAAUUUAUUUGUUUAUUUUUUCCAGUUGUCUAACUCAUAGGAAUUUUCAUUAUUAGCAAUUUAGAAAAAAAGACUCCUUGUAGUGGUUAUGUUACUGUAAGUCUAUAGAUGUUAUCCCCUGCUGUUUUGUCACACCGUGUUGAAGCAGUGUGACAAAUCCUGGGGCUCUCCCCUACAACCAUAGCUUCCUUCGUCUUUAGCCAUACUGAUAAUGUGUAAACGCCACAUUCACAAUAUAAAGUGACAAAGCUUCCAACCCUGAAUGGCAAUGAUUGGCGGACAGAAUUGUAGGUCGGUUAAUUUACUAUUUCCACAAUGGGCAGCCAGUGAUGAGCUAGGAACAUCAGCUGAUGCUCUUUACUGAUUGAUUUUUUUAAUCACAUGAACACCUAUACAUUGUAUACUGUGUGUGUAUUUGAUAGUUUGACAAAGAUCACGUGGGUCGAAAUUUUGCGAUUUGGCUGCAGGUUUAAAUAAAUUGCCUUUUGUUGAACUUUCUACGCUUUCUACUAAAGUGCUUCCUAUGUGCAGAGAUUUACGAAGUACGGUUCCUAUGAUACUCCCCCAGCAUUCUUCCCUAGUACAAAUGGUAGCCAUUAAUGAUAUCAAUAACAUGAGCUAGGCUGCAGAAAGGAUUCUGUUAAUUUUCUUUUUUUUUACAACUUUAAGGAAAAGACAUUUGUGUUUCAUUUUCUUGCAGGGUUAUGGUUUUAAACCAAAACACAAUGGGGAAGAACUUUCAUGCACUUUAAAGAACUUGAGGAGGAACACGUCUUACAAGUUUAGGGUAUGUACAGGUUUGACUUGACUUUUCUUGAUCUAUUAAUGUUCAUAAAUGGCAACCAUGGCAGAGCACACUCAGCACCUACGCACACAUUUUUAAGUUCAUGGGUUCAUCAGAAUCAUAAGAGAACCCGGGCCAAUUGAAGCCAAGAUUUAAGUAAGUGCAUCCUUGAGGUUCUUUUGAUCGUAAUGCAGUGUGGCAAGAUAUGGCACCACCUAACGGUGCAUUACUAAAACCUGCACUGCAGAAAACUAAGAGGAUAUUCUGCUAGAGUUUGGUGCCAUUGGAAGAACAGAUUUCACCUUCAUUACAUCUAGAUAACUGUGGUCCCUUACCUAUUUAUUAGGUUUAAUGGCAGAGCCUAAAAUUUCCACUUGCCUCCUAACUAUUGGCAACUUGGCAAGUGAAAGUGCAGCUGUAUCAAGUAGAAAUUCACCCCUGGUGAAUGUAGCGUGGGAGCUCUGGGCUUGCAAUGAAGAGUAACGUGGAGAGCGAUGAGUGGAACUGCUCUUGAGGGAUAAAAUACUUCCUCCAUAAACCCCUAAUGGGCAGUGUUAUAUUAAAUAAGAAGUCUAUAAAUGAGAGGCUCCUGAUUCUCUUCCUGGUCUGGGAAAGGUCUAUCUACUACUAGCACAUAUAUUUAUUAUCUCUAUAAUGCCAUAAAAAACAGAGGGUUAUUUUACCCCCAUAGUUUACCUUUAACCCCUUAAGGACACAUGACAUGUGUGACAUGUCAUGAUUCCCUUUUAUUCCAGAAGUUUGGUCCUUAAGGGGUUAAAGCUAACCAUUUUUGUAAGAGAACACUUGGCUUCUACUUAUGCCACAGGCUCAUUAAAUAAAUCCGAUCAGUCAGUAUAACCAAGUGAGUAAUGGAUGGAGAAUGAAACAAGACGAGGAUAAAGAAUGUAUGCGCAUGUGCAAAAUCCUAUUCUGCCAAUCACUGGAACUCUUUUUUUUUUUUUUUUAUUGUGCAGGUUUUUGCUUUUAACAGCGAAGGCCGAAGUAACCCCAGUAAUAUUGUAGAAUACUCGACCUCUCCCGAUAAGCCUGGUCCUCCCAGUAAACCAAGUAUAAAGGGAAAAAUUCAUGUUCACAGUGUAAAGGUCACGUGGGGUAAGUUUAUAGAUGUUUGAUUUACUUUCAUCAUAUCUAGUUAGUUUAAUAACAACUCUAACAGUUUUCAUGUUCUUUUAGAUGCCCCAAAAGACAAUGGAGGGGCAGAAGUAUCUAAAUACUUUCUUGAAAUCUUAGAAACUUCAAAUGGUAUGUUUUUAUUUUUUUUUAUUAGUUUUUUUUUUUUUUAUAUAUAUAUAAAUGUGUGUGUCUCUUAAUACCUUUAUUAUAUAUAUAUUUAUUUACAUUUGGUCUCAUUAGGUAAUAGGUGGGACAUGAUAUACAGUGGAUCUUCGAAGGAGCACGUAUGUGAUCAUCUCAAGCCCGGUACUUCCUAUAGAUUAAGAGUAUCCUGCAGCAACGUAGUUGGCUCAAGUCAGGUGAGAUAAACUUCUCUUAUAAUACUCAAUCUUUGCUUUUUAAAAUUAACUAGCAAACUUUUUUUUAAAUAAUUUAUUUCCUUUUGUUUGUUUGGCUACUCCUCAGUCAAUAAUAACAGCAUAACCUGACCUAAUUUCCGACAUUGUGAGCACCUAUUUAGGGCUUUUACUCCAGAUGGUAACUUGUAGUAAAUUGAAAACUGAAUUUGCAAAUGUUAAAUCAAAAUAGCAUAGUUAGUGCAAGGGCGAUGGUUAUAGUCACUAUUACAGAAGUGACUAUGUAGGUUAGCAAUUGGCUAAUUUUGCUGUUAUUUAAGUUAAUAAACCAUUUUAGCACAAAUAAAAGGAAACUAGGUUGUCAGAUAUUUUUCUUACGUUUAAUACACGCUUGAAUGUGACUCGUGGAGCAUUGGACAUUUCAUGGAUUGCAGGAUAAAACUUACCAGGUAAUGUUAAAGGAUCUUAACAUGUAUAGCUUGGAGGAAAGACGAGACAGGGGGAUAUGAUAGAAACAUUUACCGUAUAUACUCGAGUAUAAGCCGAGUUUUUCAGCACAUUUUUUGUGCUGAAAAACCCCAACUCGGCUUAUAUUCGAGUCACUGUCUGUAUUAUGGCAAUUUACAUUGCCAUAAUACAGACUGGGGGCUGGCAGAGCUGUUAUUUACCUCUCCUGUCAGCUCCCUCCUCCUCCGCGCCGGUCCGGUCAGCACCUCGGUCAGCUCCCAGUGUAAGUCUCGCGAGAGCCGCGGGGUCAUAGUGCGGCUCUCGCGAGACUUACAAUGUGAGCUGAGAGAAGAGCUGCACGGGCCGGCGCGGAGGAGGAGAGAGCUGACAGGAGCUGCAGGAGAGGUAAGUAACAGCUCUGCCAGCCCCCUUCCUCCCCCCACUGAACUGCCAAUGCCACUGGACCACCAGGGAAGGAGAGCCCCCCUCCCUGCCAUGUAUCAAGCAGGGAGGGGGGACAAAAAAUAAAUAAAAUAAUAAUACAUAAAUAAAAAUAAUAAAUAAAUUUAUAAUAUAUAAAUAUAAAUAAUAAAAAUAAUAAUAAAAAAAUAAUUAAAAAAAAUAAUAUAACAAAAAAAAUUAAAAUAAUAAUAAUUUUUUUUUAAUAAAAAUGCCCACCCCCCACCAAGGCUCUGCAACACACACACACACACUGCAUCACACACACACACACUGCACUCAUACACACACACUGCAUUCAUACACACACUGCACACUCAUAUACACACUGCACACUCAUACACACUGCACACUCAUAUACACACACUGCACACUCAUACACACACUGCAUCACACACACACACACUGCACUCAUACACACACACUGCAUUCAUACACACACUGCACACUCAUAUACACACACUGCACACUCAUAUACACACACUGCACACUCAUAUACACACACUGCACACUCAUACACACACUGCACUCAUACACACACACUGCGCACUCAUACACACACUGCAUUUAUGCACACACACUGCACUCAUACACACUGCACUCAUACACACACUGCGCACUCAUACACACACUGCAUUCAUACACACAUUGCAUUCAUCAUAUACACACACUGUAAAUAAAUAUUCAAUUAAUAUAAUUUUUUUAGGAUCUAAUUUUAUUUAGAAAUUUACCAGUAGCUGCUGCAUUUCCCACCCUAGUCUUAUACUCGAGUCAAUACGUUUUCCCAGUUUUUGGGGGUAAAAUUAGGGGCCUCGGCUUAUAUUCGGGUCGGCUUAUACUCGAGUAUAUACGGUAAAUACAUAAAGGGAAUCAACACAGUAAAGGAGGAGACUAUAUUUAAAAGAAGAAAAACUACCACAACAAGAGGACAUAGCCUUAAAUUAGAGGGACAAAGUUUUAAAAAUAAUAUCAGGAAGUAAUACUUUACUGGGAGGGUAGUGGAUGCAUGGAAUAGCCUUCCAGCUGAAGUGGUAGAGGUUAACACAGUAAAGGAGUUUAAGCAUGCGUGGGAUAGGCAUAAGGCUAUCCUAACUAUAAGAUAAGGCCAGGGACUAAUUAAAGUAUUUAGAAAAUUGAGCAGACUAGAUGGGCCGAAUGGUUCUUAUCUGCCGUCACAUUCUAUGUUUCUACAUUUUCGUAUUCUACAAUUGCAGUGCAAAGAUUACUAUAUCAUCCGUUUUCUUGAUGUUGUGUUAUUGUAAUGACAGUCCAGCUGGGCUAAAAAAAAAUGUUUCUUUAGGAUUUUAUAAAGUAGUACAUAUUUGUUAAUAUAAACACUCGAUAAACUGUACUAUAAGAUCAUUAACUCUUUUUACUUGUGAACCAUGCUUUGUAUUUUUCACCUUUGAUGUGCACUCUGGGGUUUUUUUUUUUUAGUUGCGGAGGAAACGCUACUUUGCAUAUAAAUUGUGACCUUGUGAAGUUAGGGAAGUUUGAUACUCUAAGCGUUAUUUAAUGCCCCAGUAAUUUUCACACGCUCCUUUCCUUUCUCUGUCAGGAAGUACUGACAUUUUGGAUCAUUACAGUCGGGUCAUGUUGCAGUGAAGGACUAUUCUGCUAUUAUCAGCUAAAAUGAAGGCUUAUGUGGCCCCAGUUGUCUAAUGAGCAAAACUAACACAUAUAAUGCCUGUACACAUUAAGCUGUUUCUGAUGUUCCAAACAGAUUUUUUUUUGUUUACUAUGGUAAGCCUUAACAAAAUCCAUCAAGCUUGCCACUGGUGUACAGGAUCUGACCUAUAUGGUAGCCAUUUACUUUGCAUUGCAUCACAAGUUAGAUUAAGCAAUAUAUGUUUUCACAAUCACCUUUGACCUGGUUCCAGAUCAGUUAGAGAAAGCAGGUGGGCUUUUCUGCUUGGUGUCUUUCACUAAUCCUUUGGUUUUUGUUUAUGGUUUUCUUUCUUUUCUUUUUUUUUUUAGGUUUCUGAUGUGCUAACAGUCCAGACAGGUAUUGUACCACCGGGCCCUUGUCACCCUCCACGCCUAGCUGGAAAGGCCAAGCCUAAAGAAUUAAACCUGCAGUGGGGUGAGUGUCUGCACAUGAUGUACCCGUCACUUUUCUUGCAUAUACCACGCGUUUUUAAAAAGCCAUUUAUGUUGAGCACGAGGAAGAAAAGACUUCAUGUUAAAAUAUUUUAACCUUCACUACCAAAUGCUGUUCAUUAAAAAUAAAUAAAUAAAGCUUUUUAAAAAAAAUUCUGGGCUGUAUAGCUAGCACGGAAGUUCAAAACAGCAAUUUUGUGUAUACAUUCUAUCAGAUUUUUUUUUUUUUAUUCAUACUUCGUUUGCAGAAGUAAUUGGGUUUUUUUUUUUGAAUGCAGUGUAGACCCUUAGUAUCUCUUGCCUUUCAUUACUUCAUAGAUGUCUUGAAGUAUGAAUGCUAGCGCACAAAUACCUUUAAAGAAGCACAGCAAUUAGAAUUAGCUCUGUGUAAGCACAGGUUGGCAGGAGAGUUUACGUAUAAACGUUAUACAGGGAGUGCAGAAUUAUUAGGCAAAUGAGUAUUUUGACCACAUCAUCCUCUUUAUGCAUGUUGUCUUACUCCAAGCUGUAUAGGCUCGAAAGCCUACUACCAAUUAAGCAUAUUAGGUGAUGUGCAUCUCUGUAAUGAGAAGGGUGUGGUCUAAUGACAUCAACACCCUAUAUCAGGUGUGCAUAAUUAUUAGGCAACUUCCUUUCCUUUGGCAAAAUGGGUCAAAAGAAGGACUUGACAGGCUCAGAAAAGUCAAAAAUAGUGAGAUAUCUUGCAGAGGGAUGCAGCACUCUUAAAAUUGCAAAGCUUCUGAAGCGUGAUCAUCGAACAAUCAAGCGUUUCAUUCAAAAUAGUCAACAGGGUCGCAAGAAGCGUGUGGAAAAACCAAGGCGCAAAAUAACUGCCCAUGAACUGAGAAAAGUCAAGCGUGCAGCUGCCACGAUGCCACUUGCCACCAGUUUGGCCAUAUUUCAGAGCUGCAACAUCACUGGAGUGCCCAAAAGCACAAGGUGUGCAAUACUCAGAGACAUGGCCAAGGUAAGAAAGGCUGAAAGACGACCACCACUGAACAAGACACACAAGCUGAAACGCCAAGACUGGGCCAAGAAAUAUCUCAAGACUGAUUUUUCUAAGGUUUUAUGGACUGAUGAAAUUAGAGUGAGUCUUGAUGGGCCAGAUGGAUGGGCCCGUGGCUGGAUUGGUAAAGGGCAGAGAGCUCCAGUCCGACUCAGACGCCAGCAAGGUGGAGGUGGAGUACUGGUUUGGGCUGGUAUCAUCAAAGAUGAGCUUGUGCAGGGCCGUCUUUAACAAGGGGCAAACAGGGCAGCUGCCCCGGGCCCAGUUGCUCCUGGGGGGCCCAAAGCAGCUGCCCUGUGGGCCCCCUGCCCACAGCCAGGUCUGAACAGCCCACUGGAAUACUGAGAAAUAUCCCGGUGGGCUGCAGCAGGUGAUGUAAUCAGGGGCCCCGGCCCUUUAAGAGAGCUCCUGACCGAGCCCCUGUCUUCCUGCCUGCUGGGAGGAAGUGUUGUGAGGUCACUUCCUCCCAAUUAACAGAGUGCCUACUGGGGAGGAGGAGGCAUACAUGGAGAGCAGGAGGUGGUUCAGACCAAGAAGAAGAAGACUCCCAUCAAUCUCAGCCAUCCAGCUCCCACUGGACCACAGGGAAGCCACACUUCUGUAAAGGUAAGGAGGGUGGCUAAACUAUGUGAAUUCAUAUGACUCUGUGUGUGUGUGUUUGUGUCAGUGUGUGUGUAUGUGUGUGUAUCUGGCUGUAUGUGUGUAUGUGUAUCUGGCUGUAUGUGUGUAUGUGUGUAUCUGACUGUGUGUGUAUCUGGCUGUAUGUGUGUGUAUCUGGCUGUAUGUGUGUGUGUAUCUGGCUGUAUGUGUGUGUGUGUAUGUGUGUGUGUGUAACUGACUGUGUGUGUAUCUGGCUGUAUGUGUGUAUAUCUGGCUGUAUGUGUGUAUAUCUGACUGUGUGUGUGUGUAUCUGACUGUGUGUGUGUGUAUCUGACUGUGUGUGUGUAUCUGACUGUGUGUGUAUAUCUGGCUGUGUGUGUGUGUAUCUGACUGUGUGUGUGUAUCUGACUGUGUGUGUAUCUGGCUGUAUGUGUGUAUAUCUGACUGUGUGUGUGUGUGUAUCUGACUGUGUGUGUGUGUAUCUGACUGUGUGUGUGUGUAUAUCGCACUGUGUGUGUGUGUAUCCGACUGUGUGUGUGUGUAUAUCUCACUGUGUGUGUGUGUGUGUGUGUAUCUGGCUGGCUGUGAUUGUAUCUGGCUGUGUUUGUGUCUGACUGUGUGUGUGUGUGUCUGUAUCUGACUGUGUGUGUGUAAGUGUGUAUCUGGCUGUGUGUGUCAGUGUGUAUCUGGCUGUUUGUGUCAGUGUGUGUUUAUAUGGCUGUGUUUUGUGUCAGUGUACAUGUACCUUUGUGUCAGUGUUUAUGUGUAUCUAUGUGUAUGUAUACCUAUGUGUCAGUUUGUAUGUGUACCUGCUUGUCUGUGUAUAUGUACCUGUGUGUGUAUGAGUGUCAGUAUGUGUAAGUGUGUAUCUGUGCGUGUGGCAAUGCAUACAUCCCAUCUAACAUUGCACACAAAUACAACCCUGCAUUCCAACAUUAACAAUGCACACAAAUACACCACUGCAUGUGUAUCUGUGUUCCUGUGUGUAUCACUGUUUGUGUGAGAGUGCAUCUGUGUGACAAUGCAUACAUCCCAGCAUUCCUACGCCAACACUGCACACAAAUACAUAUGUAUUUGUGUAUAUAUCUGUGUCAGUGUGUGUAAGUGUGUAUCUCUGUGUGUGGAUGUGCCAGUGUUUUUAUCUCUGUGUGUGCACGUGUAUUUAUGUAUGUGGCUGUGUGUGUAUACGCCAGUCUUUGUCAGUGUGUCCAGAUGUGUGCAUGUAUCAGUGUGCUAAUGUGUAUGUAUAUCUGUGAAUGUUGACAUUCAUACAUCACGGCAAUCAAACACAACAUGCAACCACACCCCUGCAAACAUUACAUACAAACACACCCCUGAAUUCAAACUCAAAAAGUAUAUGGAAACACAUCCCUACACUUAAACACCAAUACUACACCCUACAUGCACACACAUACUGUAUACAACAACAUGCUCACAUUCAAAUGCACAAACACUGCUCACAAAUACAGCCCUGCAAAAAUGGACAAAUGGUAGAUCCCCAGAUUGUUGGAAUUGUACAACAGAUGAGGAUCUAUCUUUUCUCUGCUCUUGCGUUAGAGGGAUGGCAGGAUCCAGGGGGCCCAAACAAAUGCCUGCCCAGUGUCCAAUCAAUGUUAAAGACGGCCCUGAGCUUGUGGGGCCUUUUCGGGUUGAGGAUGGAGUCAAGCUCAACUCCCAGUCCUACUGCCAGUUCCCGGAAGACACCUUCUUCAAGCAGUGGUACAGGAAGAAGUCUGCAUCCUUCAAGAAAAACAUGAUUUUCAUGCAGGACAAUGCUCCAUCACACGCGUCCAAGUACUCCACAGCGUGGCUGGCAAGAAAGGGUAUAAAAGAAGAAAAUCUAAUGACAUGGCCUCCUUGUUCACCUGAUCUGAACCCCAUUGAGAACCUGUGGUCCAUCAUCAAAUGUGAGAUUUACAAGGAGGGAAAACAGUACACCUCUCUGAACAGUGUCUGGGAGGCUGUGGUUGCUGCUGUAUGCAAUGUUGAUGGUGAACAGAUCAAAACACUGAUAGAAUCCAUGGAUGGCAGGCUUUUGAGUGUCCUUGCAAAGAAAGGUGGCUAUAUUGGUCACUGAUUUGUUUUUGUUUUGUUUUUGAAUGUCAGAAAUGUAUAUUUGUGAAUGUUGAGAUGUUAUAUUGGUUUCACUGGUAAUAAUAAAUAAUUGAAAUGGGUAUAUAUUUGUUUUUUGUUAAGUUGCCUAAUAAUUAUGCACAGUAAUAGUCACCUGCACACACAGAUAUCCCCCUAACAUAGCUAAAACUAAAAACAAACUAAAAACUACUUCCAAAAAUAUUCAGCUUUGAUAUUAAUGAGUUUUUUGGGUUCAUUGAGAACAUGGUUGUUCAAUAAUAAAAUUAAUCCUCAAAAAUACAACUUCCCUAAUAAUUCUGCACUCCCUGUAUAUACUAUAAAAAAUAUCUUUGUUCUCUACUUAGAGCACACAUCCUCUCUAGGUGUUGGGUCUAGCAGAGGACUCAACAUCUUAAUAUAGAAAUGUCUAAUAUAGAUGCUAACAGCACAUAUCUUUUUAACUUGUUUCUUCUUAUUUUGUUUUUUGUAUUUGUAGCUUCUCCUGCUUCUGAUGGUGGCUCAGCGGUAACAUGUUACACUGUUGAGAUGUCAAAGCCCGAACACGAAGAUCGGGGACAAGUCUACCAAGGUCUUGAGCUAGAAUGCACAGUGAGCAACCUCUUGCCUGGGCAGACCUACAGCUUCUGGGUCAGAGCUGCCAAUAAAGCGGGGGUACGUUGUCAUACUACUUGUUGGUAUAUGUCUGUCGCAAUGUAUUUAUUUUGUAUCAGUCCUUAUUUGUGUGUUUUUAUUUAUUUAUUUUUUACUUAUAGUGCGGACCCUUUUCAGAAAAAUCUGAAUUCUGCACAGCUCCUGGGCCACCUGAACGAUGCAAAAUGCCCUUAUUGAUCUGUAAGACGGCAAACUGCGUACUAGCUAGCUGGGAGGUAGGCGUGUUUCCUUUACCCAACUCUUUUGUGUUGAGAGUUUUGUUAUAUUUAGUUUAGUAUGAGCAUCAGUAUAUUAGAAACACCUCUAUUCUCUUGGCAAAGUAAACUAGUGACCCUUCACAUGUCUAGGUUUUUGUUAAAGGAACACUCUUAGUCUGCUGUAGUGGUUAUGGUGUCAGGUGUGCCCUCCCAGGUUACAUAGUCAAAUGUUUGCAAAAUGGCUUGACCACUUGCCUGGAGUCUGCUGGGUUACAGUUGUAGCUUCCUGAGAACGUGUAUCCUUGCAGCACCUUCCUGUAACUCCAGUGAGCUAAGACCUGCGGUGCAGAGCCGGUUCAUUGAUUGUCAGCCAAUAAGCUUUGCACUCUCUGGGUAACUAGCACUGUUACUGACUAUUGGGCAUUUCACAAAGUUACUUUCUGUUUGUAGGAAUUUCCGUUUUCUGCAAAUUCCUACUGAAGGCAAAAAUAAUAGUAAUGCAGAUGAUCAUGCAUUUGCAUGGUUACACUGUUUCUUAAUGCAUUCAAACUAUUUGCAGUGAAGGAGGUUUUAAGGUGUUUUUUCUCCACAAUUGAAAGCUGUUGAAUGUCUCAAAUUUAGUUUUUUUGGCAUGAAAUUUCAUCCUUCUCUAAUCAUUCACUGAAUAGUUUUAUAAUCACAUAUCUAUGUACAUUUUAAGGGCAUACUGUAUACUUCAUAGUCCAGGGGUAAGCAACCUUCGGCACUCCAGAUGUUCUGGAAUACAUCUCCCACAAUACUCUUACAGCCAUGAAGCUGGCAAAGCAUCAUGGAAGGUGUAGUCCGAAACCUCUGGAGUGCCAAAGGUUGCCUAUCCCUGCUACAGUAUUGUUAACAUGUAGUUAAGUUGUUUUGUGAGUAUACAGUAAAAAUAAUUAUUAAGUGAAUGGCAAGCAAUAAAAUGUAUUUAUUUAGCUCUAUGCUGGUUGAUAAGCCAACCCAAUUUUUCCCUAUCAUUUUCUGUAUUUAAUCUGUUCUUAAACUCAUGGUAUGCUCUCUUAAGUGGAUUUAAUUCCCCUGCCUUCUGCUCUUGGAAUGUGUGUGGCAUCAGCGGCUGGACAGAGCAGCUGCAGUGGCCAAGGAUAUUUGUUUACGAACUGUGAUUUAAAGAGGCAGUGUGCUUCUGUUUGUAUUGUCGUUGACAUUCUUUGUUUUCUUGAAGGUUCCUUUAUGCAACGGUUCAGAAGUCACCGAAUACAGGUUAGAAUGGGGAAGGAUGGAUGGAUGCAUGCAGAUAGUUUACGACGGCUCAUUUUCGAGCUAUGAAAUCAAAGGCCUUACACCGGCAACUACAUAUUACUGCAGAGUCCAGGUAGUGACACCAGAUAAUUGUUUUUUAUUUGAAAAAGAAUAACUAACAAUAUUUAUUUUGCUUUUUCCUAUUCCACCCACCCUACCCUGUCCUCUUUUUCCUUUACUCUCCAUCCUUUCUUCAUCUCUUUUUUCUUUCUCGCUCUCUCUCUCCCCCUCUCCCUGUUAACCUCUUUACAAUUUGUUUGUGUGUGUGUGUCUGUCUGUCUGUCUAUUGAUCUAUUGAUAUGACUGUCUCUAAUUUUCUUUUAAUCUUUGUGAAAUGGUAAAUACAGUGUAAAUCUUUUAAAAGAUAUAAAGAAAUGCUUCUCCUUUCAGGCUGUUAAUACAGCUGGAGCCGGACUAUUUGGAGAUACUGCCGUGGUGACCACUCCAGCGUCUGUUCCAGCUGCUGUGUCAAUUUUACAAGUGGUCGAUGAAGAACUUUUAGAAGCCUCACUUCCUUCCCCAUCCGAGUGCCUUGCGAUUGCCUGGAAAGAGCCAUGUUGCAAUGGGUCCGAUAUAACUGGCUAUAACAUAGAAUAUGGGGAUAAGCAGCAGCUAACCGUAGACUGUGUUACCAGCUGUAUUUUACAGAACCUGAUCCCUGAUCGCACCUACAGGUAAUAUAUUUACUGUGCAUUUACUAAUCACAUAAACCCCACAGAUGUUUUAUUUUUUUGUGUUGCCCAAUGGUUCGGAUAAUGUCAUCUGAUAUUCUUUUUGCUGGAUUACAGUUGGGAGUGGGAAAGGUUGUCCAUUACUGCACUUAAAAGUAAAUACUUCAAUAUUGCACAAAAGCUAUUUUUUUUUUUUUUUAAUUCUUUAUUUUAUUUGUGCAUGUGAUUAUUAAGUGUGUUUGCUUUUCCACAACAGCUGGAGCAAACUAGGUGGUAUACACAUGAAAACAGUAUUAUGGCAUUGAAAGCUUUGCACAUUUUUUAAAAAUUAAGUAGUCAGGAUGAACAUGUAUGACAUCACGCUGUGAGAUACAUAGUUGUAACUAAGAGUAGUUAAUCAUCGUGCGAGGUAAACGUCCCUAUCAAACAUGCCAUCUGUUUAUAACUUGGAUUAAAGAUAGACAGGUAUAGCACAGUACAUGGUAAGAUACAUUAACAGCAAUAAUAUGGUAGGCAUUAACAAUACACAUGCGUUAUCCAUGUAGCUGAAAGCAGGGGAAACUCCUAUGCACUGGGGUUACUACGUGUACUAUGUACCUAUGGAAAUGUCAAGUUGUCUUAGUGCUAGAGUGUUAGUCUGCAAAAUAAGUAAUAAGAGGCAUAAGGUCACACUACAGCAUGUACGAGAGCAACAACACUUGAUAAUCAGAUAAACAGAUUGCAUGCAAUUGUACUGUGAGAAUUUUGCAUUUCGUGGCUUGACGAUGAGGAAGCCCAUUUUUAUAUGGUAAUUUUAAUGUUGAGCGGAGAUGUCUAAUUAAUUGGGGAAACAACACAUUCAAACAUAGAUUAACUGCUAGACCUGGUGAAUAACUGUUAACUGAGUAAUGCCACUGGGUGCCAAACGCUUGGGGGAAUUGGUGUACAGGGUCAAAAUGAGAAAGCAACAUGGAUUAUUGCCUGCAGAAAGUUAAAAAGCUAAGGCUGCAGACAAGAAAUAAUUAAUUAGAGGGUUCAGCCUACUCCUUUCAUAUUGUGAAUGUUGCAAAGGUAAAAGUAACGGCACAUAUCCCACUUAUCUGCUCCCCACCAGCUCCAAGCCCCCCUAGAGUCCAAUGCUCUAGCUGCACGGGUCUCCUCAUGAGUGACAAUCCAGUGUUGUGGAGACGGGCCCCUACAGCUCCCAGCAUGGGUGCAGUCUCUUUUUAUGCCGUCGUGAGGUCGAUCAGGGCUAGUCAUCUUGACAGGGCUUUGGUGCCUGGUUGAUGUACGCGUCGGGUCUCGCUGAGCGGGAACUCUCCGACCGCAACUGAAUGCAGGGGUGCGGCGGCAGGCUGCUAUGUUCAGUGUGCUGCGAGCCUGUGUCUUCUGCGUCCCCGGCCUUCUCCUCCUAACCCUCCGGUGUUGGUGGUCACAUGUCUGCGGCGUUGGUGGCUGCACAACAGCCUGCUGCUCCGCAGACCACUCCACAACCGCUUACCUGUGGUGACACGUUCCUGCAGGCCUUUGACAGAAUAUGUGCCCAAUUCUGUGCAAAACUGGAUGUCCGCGUACUCACCACUCGCCUGGGUAACGUCCCCGAGAUCCGACCCGAGAGCCGGCAACACGUGGUGGGAACACACCCACAUGGCCACCGCAGAACGUCGAAGGUGGGGGACCUUCGACCUUCUGCGGUGGCCAUGUGGGUGUGUUCCCACCACGUGUUGCCGGCUCUCGGGUCGGAUCUCGGGGACGUUACCCAGGCGAGUGGUGAGUACGCGGACAUCCAGUUUUGCACAGAAUUGGGCACAUAUUCUGUCAAAGGCCUGCAGGAACGUGUCACCACAGGUAAGCGGUUGUGGAGUGGUCUGCGGAGCAGCAGGCUGUUGUGCAGCGGCCAUCUUGGGUAUGAGGCAGGCUUCAAUCUCUGGUUUCGCUGCAGGUUGCAGUGCUGAUAGUGUGACCCAGAUGAAUGCCAGUGGGGACCGGGAUAACCCCCACCGGUCCGGGAGGAAACAGGGCUCAGAGGUCGAUGGGUUUCAGGCCCGUACAGGGGGUCGGCCGCCCCCCCAACCCCCACCACAGGUGAGUUGAAAGGGUGAGUUUGCAAUGAGGUCUUCUUUGAGGUCUGUGCCCUUCAGAGUUGCAGCAAAGCCGGUCGAGUUUGUCUCUGGGUGUUCCUCAGAAGGGUUAAGUGUGUUUGUGCCAUAAGUAAGAUACCAAACUUUAAGAUUAGGAUCAGGAUUCUGGUAUCCUUGAGGAGCUUCAGUUACAUGCGACCAUCUUGGGCUCCAGUCAGGCCCCGCCCCCACGAAAGCUAUUUAAUCGCAACUUAAUAUCCAUUAAUUAAUGCUACCAUUAUGGCACUAGAUAUUUGUGUGUUGCAUUUCCCCCUGGGCUCGUCCAGCCUGUGUUUAUGGGAAGAACAAGUUUAGAACCAAUGAAUUUAAAAAUCAGGUUGGGAACUUUAUUUGAUGACUGUAUAUUUACAGCUUGCUGGUAAAUUUCAAACAUAGUUAAUUAUUUUGUGGCCCUUAAACUCUUGUGCAAAGCUUGUGGUGCUCAGAGUCAGAAAUUAAUUUUAUUGCAAGAAAUAUUAAACAAACAGUUUCUUCACUUAUUAAAAAAGGAAAAUGGCAACUUGUGUGGCCGGAAAAAUAAUAAAGUAUUUAAAAGAAAAAGGGUAAUUUACUAAGAUCAAAGGAUAGACUACAAAUAUGGUUCAUACAGAAUAGGUUAAAUUGUCUGUGAGUUAAAGAAUAUAGGCAGGGAAAACCUUGAAAUGUGUCUUAUGAGAUAUCUGCUUCCAUUUGCAUUGUUUUAUAUGACGAUGUCCUGAAAUUGCAUCUUAAAAUACCAGCCCUCCACUGAAUCUCUGUCAGCCAGAAACACAGCCAGUGCCUGGCUAAGCUUAGUGGUAAUAGUAGUUCAGUAAGAGAUGGAAUUCUGGAAUUUUGAUAAUACUUCCAUAAUGCCCCUACAUGUUCUUUUGAGCUCUGCCGGGUAUAAAGUGUGCAUAUGCGGUUCAGACUGAUAUCUGUGUUCAAUGUUUGGAAAAUCGUUUAAAAAAUGAAAUUACUUUUCCUUUCUUGCAGGAUACGGAUCCAGGCCAUAAACAGUUUUGGAGCAGGUCCUUUUAGCCCGUCUAUUAAAGCCAAAACCAAACCACCACCUCCUAACCCUCCCCCUCUGGAAUGUGUAGUUUUCAGCCACCAAAGCCUUAAGUUGAAAUGGGGUGACGGAUCGAGCAAAGCUUUAGCAACUGAAACUUCACAGUUCAAUUUACAAAUGGAGGAUAAGCUCAGCAGGUGAGUAGCUGGCUGGGGCUUGAGAACUGAUUAAUGAAUGACUCAUCUAUCCUGCAUGUUACCAGCUCAUUAGUGACAUAAAGGUAAUUGGUUAAAAUUUAACGUUGAGAGAUUCAGGUUCUCCAGACAUUAGCGAUGGUUUCUGUUAAUGGGCACAGAAUCAACUAAUUAAUCUUCUGGAGGUUUAAAAGCUCUGUUUGCUCAUUACUUUCAGCAGUUUGGCGCUGGGUCUCCUCACAGCUUGAAAGACAUGAGCUGGUGCAUUCUACAGCAUUUAUUUUCACUUGUUUCUAAGGAAAAUUAACAAUACAGUGCUUUUUUCUUUAAAUUAUUUUACUUUUAAAAGGACACUAUAGGCACCCAUACCACUCCAUCUCAAUAAAGUGGUCUGCGUGUCAGGACCCCCUCUCCCGUCAUUCUAAUGUUGCAACUGAAAAUAUUGCCGUUCUGCAGAACUGCAGAGUUUAUAUGCCUAUGGUACAGGGGUAGGCAACCGUCGGUACUCCAGAUGUUGUGUAAUACAACUGUCAGGAUUAUAGUUGAUCCAGCACGCAGAAUUGUAUCACACCUAAAGACUAAGGAUUACGUCUAACCGGACCUAAGAAUGGCCGGACUUAACGUACCGAAGAAUAGUCAAAAUAAUUGCCGAGGUCAGGGACACAGAAUGAGACGCAACGAUGAGGAAAGACAGAAGUCAAGAAUACCAGAAAUCAGGGAAGUCAAAACAAAGCCAUAGUCAAAUACCAGAAAAACCAUGAUCAGGAACACACUCUCGGAUAACCAGCUAGUGGAAACCACGACAGGACACUGGUAAAACCAUAAUUUGGGUUUAAAUAACCCUCGAUAGGCUGUAAUUGGCUGUCUCUGACCUCUGACCCCAAAAUGUAUGUGCACGUCUAUGACGUGACGUCGCACACAUGUUGGAGCCAUCUUUAAGUUUAUUAUAAAAUGCUGAUCCACAGUGACCGGCAUUCCUAAGAACGUCGCACCCGCUGGGGACCAGAACGGAGGGAGACCGGGCAGCUGCCUUCCGCGAUCAAGGUAAGUUUCAAACCUUUCUGUCCGCGUGGCUGCCUAGUUUAUGUGCAGCCACGCCGGCAGGAGAACCGUGACAACAACUCCCUUGAUGCUUUGCCAGCAUUAGGACUUUAAAAUGAUUAUCUCAGUCGAGGAAGCUGUGAUAACUAUAGAGUCCAGUGCUGUAAGGGAAAAAAGGUAAGUAAAAUACCACCCCACCCCCCUCUACAGUUUGGGGGCCGUUAAUUUAAAAGGCCACCAGGCCACUAUAACGUUAGGAAUAUACACCUUUAAGCUUGGUGCUGCUUCCGUCUACUUAGUGUAGCAACCAGCCCCUCUACUACAAUGGAAUCUACACAUAAUUAGAGAUUGUAUUUAUUUAUAAUAUAUAAUUUGUGUGGAUUGUCACUUGUUAAAGGCUAGAGAUGAGUGGGAAUUUUAAGCUGUGUUCUAUAUACCUAAAUCACUUACUGAACCUCCUACCUGUAAUGUAACUUGUAAAGUACAAAGUGCAACUAUUUACACUAUGCAAAUUAAAAAAAAAAAUACAGUAAUAAAAAAGAAAUAAUAGUUUUGGCAAAAUGAAACACAAGACUGUUUAUUCAAAGCACACUGCAUUGUAGUAAAUUGUAAACGUUAUAAAUAAUUCUCCAGUACCAAUAUUGUCAAAAUUUUGGUGAUUUAGGCCGAGGCUCAAGUUUGACCAACUUAACGGGUUCAUCAGUCAGGCUGCCUGGGUCUGUCAGUUUUUCAAAAGUGGUCUGCAGUGGUGUACUGCGGGCGGGGGUGGGAGGAGUUUAGUGGGUCCGCCCCGGGUACCACCAAUUAGGUGGGGGCCAUGAUCCUGGUCUGGGUGCUGGAGGGGGAUGUGUGAACUGUACCCCAUGGCAGCUGGGGUGCCGGGCGGCCGGCACAGCUCACAAGUGUAGAGACCAGCAAUUACUAGCUGAACUGGCCGCACGGAAGGAAAGUGGGGGCAUAGCUAAGAAAAGCCAGGGCAGGGUCAAACCGGCAGCGGGGACAGAGCUUAACAAGGCCCUUACCCGAUGUUGCUACUGCUGCACAUGGAGGUGCAACAAGAAGGAAUCCCUGCUUCUCCAACUAACUAGGUAUGCCCCUGGUAGUCUGUAUAGUGGAGUGGCACCACAUCAACACAAAAACGAGCCUGGCUGACCUUGAACAGGUGGAGGCGGAGGGGUUGACCCCUGCUUUGGUGUGGCUUUAAGACAAAAUGGCUAAUUUGUUAUCUCUAAUCUUUAAAAUUUCAUCUCUAAGAUCUCCCUUGUGUGUGUUUUUUUUUUAUUUUAAUAUUGCUACUGUUUGCUUAAUAAUUUGUCAUGUUGAAAACAAACCUAUUAGGGCCAAUAUGAAAGAUUGAAUCCUUCUAUUCCUAGGUUUUUUACAAUCUACAAUGGUCCAUGCCACACAUUCAAGGUUCAAAGAUUAAAUGAAUCAACUACAUAUAACUUCAGAAUCCAAGCCUACAAUGAUGCAGGAGAGGGGCCAUUUUCUGACGUUUACAACUUUACUACAACCAAAUCUCCACCAGCGGCAUUAAAAGGUGGGAAAUUCGGACUGGUUAGGUUUUUUUCAAAAGUCUAUCUGGCAGAGUGUGGAAAAAAAAAAUGUUUUAGCCCUCCAUAAACUGGUUGCUUCCAUGAUUAGCUUUGCAAUGACAGAAGGCAGUAAGUAUAGAUCUAAAGGAUAUUGAAAAUAACUACUUUUUACCUACAUGUAUAGCGUAGCCUACAUACUACAUACUGAUUGUUUUGUCAUCCAAUAAAGGAUUUAGUGAUCAAACCAACCAAACAUUUAGAUGUUUAUUAAUAAAAAGUUAAUAACAUUAUCACUGCUAGCGGUCAAGUGUCAGCUAGGUUGCAAAAUGUCCAUGUUGGAAGUAUUCUUUAUCUUAUCUAAUGUGAACAAAGUUUUACAAGUCCUGUUAUCAAGUGACCACAAUGUGCUUUGUUAUAAUGCAGAAUGCGAUUGUUUGCUUUUUAAAGUGCCAAGUAUUUCAUUUAUUGCUUGUGCUGAUAAAUUUAUGGCUUUAACAUAAUUUAUGAUUUUCAGCAACUAAUGUCCGUACUAGUUCACGUCUAGCCUUUGUGUGCCUCUGUAACCGUACCACGGGUAAUGACCCACUACAAAUAUGUCCAUCGACAAAUGGUAUUCACAGCAUCUCACAAGGCCAGUGUGCUUUUGCAUUACUAUAUAUUGUGAGAAGCGACAUGUGUUACAAAUGAGUAGCUGGAGGCAAGCACCUGUUUUGGAGAAGGCAGGUGUGAUCUUCAUUUAAAAGCAUAUUUUAUUCCAUAUAUUUUCAUGUGAUUUCACCGUAGGUUGAUUGUUUUUCCCACAUCUUGUAUUUAAGUAUGACAUUGAUGUAACUUAUGAGUUUCCUUUGAUUUACAGCACCUAAAGUACAACAGAUUGAACCUUAUUUGUGUGAAGUUACCUGGGAGGCUUUGCAGCCCAUGCGAGGAGAUUCCAUUGUUUACAUCCUUCAACUUACCAACGGGAGAGAGAUCGAUCAGGUAUGUAAUGAAAUUGUGAAAUAAUUGUAUUACAUUUUAUAGUUAUUACAUUUAUAUGGUGUAUUUUAUAAUAUACCAUAUAGGUAUUAAUGAUGUAUGUGCACACAGUCAGGGGACUGGGAUGGCCAUGGCAGAACCCUGAUUUUGUGGUCAGUAAAUGUUCAUUUUAAUGUAUGUUUUUGAUCAUUGUCUUGCUGGAAGAGCCAACCAUGGCCCAUUUUAAGAUGUCUGGCAAAGGCAGAUGAAUCCAUGCAUCUCUGUAAGGAAUGUUCAGCUCCUCUAGGCAGAAACACCUCUAGUGGGCGUCUCCGUGACUGCCACUAGAGAUGUUACUUGGCAGCAAUGUAAACACUACCUUUUCAAUGAAAAGGCUGAGUUUGCGGUGAAAACCUACAGUCGAUUAUCCAUUUUGCACAUUGCGUGAGCAGUCCCAUUGUCUUGAAAAUUAUUUUUUAAGGAGUGUUUUGUUUUUUUCCGGCUGUAAUUUUGGUGGAUUAAGCAUCAGACCAUCAACUUAAUAUAGGUCUUCAUAUCAGUUCAUGAGUUCAGAUAAGAACAUUCCUCAGAACCAUAACAAAAUGGGGGAUGGCUGAUUGGCUACCCUUGGCCUGCAUUUGUCAAACACAAAGUAACACUGUAUUUUUUUUGUUGAACAGGUAUACAAAGGGCCAGACACCUCAUUCAGUUUUACAAACUUUCAAACAAACUGUGAAUACCGGUUUCGAGUUUGCGCUGGACGACAAUACCAAGAUUCUACAGGAUUGCAGGAAUUAUAUGGACCUUACAGUCCAAGCACCACAUUCUCAUCUCAAAGACAAGAAUUGGUCCUACAGUGUCCAAACACUACCACGGAAUCUACAAAGGCCAAGAGGAAGCCCCUAAGUGAUGAGCAAUUUGCCAUUUUGCUACUGAUGAUGUUUGCAGUAGUGGCUUUCCUGUUUGCCGUUGUUAUUCAGUACUUUGUAAUCAAGUAGAUUUUAUUUGUCUGUUUCAAAAACAACCUGUGCUUUUUUUUCUUUUUUUUUUUCUUUCAAUAUUUAUGUUUAAUUAUUCUAAUUAAACUUAUAGGUGGAAAUGAUUGUAUUAUAUAUAAGUGCAUUUCCAUUCUUGCUGCUCACUCAUUGAGAGGCUGGAUCGACUGAAUCCUUCCUACAUGCAAAAACAUAAAGCAUCAUGAAAUUCUUAGAAAGGGAAUUAAAAUCCUGUGUUCUAGAACCGUGGUGUGAAAUGCCUUAAUAGACUCUUAAAUGUCAAGACAGCGCUGUUCGUUUAUGUGGAACCUCUGCUUUUAAAGCACGUCCUUGUUAAAUGUUCAGCUUUCGCAAGUGGUAGUUGACAAAAGGAAUAGUUUGUUCAAAAAAGAAAAGAAUGAUAGGCAUGCAGUUUCCACUCUUCCCUUUGGCCUCACAGGCCUGGCAAUGAAAGGGUGUGCAUAUACGAAAGGCAUUAGGGAAGCUUUUAGGAAAUCGUAGACAAGCACACUGUGAUUUAUUGUAUAAUCAGACGAUGUGAUAUUUGUGAAAUGGAAGUGAAGAAUAGAGAUGUGCGAAUCAAGUUUGCAAACGGACCAGUGGGUCUACAUUUCUUGGCUUUUCCACAUUGAUAUUAGGUUCUAUUAAAAUCCACUUUGCCUCCUUCCGUGUGCUAGACAUUGAAGGGUUUAUUUACUAAACUAUGCUGAAAAGGAAUUUGCUAAAUUUAAGGACAAAAUAAAAAAAGGUAAAACAAAUCCUCCCAGUUCCGUUUUCAAUAUCUCGUUUAGUAAAUAGCCCUCAGUCUUCAUUAGAACGCUGUCACCUUCUGUAAUGAAUACAGAAAAUAGAGCUGUAAUGAAAAACUGACUGUUCUUUCGUGAAACGGACUCGAGAUGGCGUACACUGGUUUUUUGUUUUUUUUUGAGAAUUUUAAGUAACUUCGAUACUGAUAAAACCUGAGAGUUCUGUAUAAUCUUUUAUAAGCUUACAUCUGGUGUGUUUGUGUAAACACAGUGUGUAUGGGUGCAUAUAAUUAUACAUACACUCAUAAAAAAGAGAUACUCCAUGUAGAACUUUCAUUGCAUUUCAGUAAAUCCUUAAAGGGACAGUUAGGCCUACUUUGUUCCAUAAUCACAUGAAUGAAGUCAUCGAUUUGAUUCAUGCCUGUGAUUUGUAAAGUGCCAUAUGGCGUUUCUCAGAGUAACCACCUAUUGCCUAUAACUCCUCCCCUUUCUCUGAUGCGCCAAACCAGCUGUCAAAACGAUAGCAUCAGGAAUAUUGUACAUGUACUCUGUUAGUGCAUGCGCACAGUUUUCUUCUAACAAUAGCUCGUUCAACGAGCCUAUGAUGCCAAAGGAAGGAGAAUACGGCAUUUAUCUGUGAAACACUGCUCUGAACGCAACUCAUUUUUCCUAGACAGGGAUUUUUCAGGAUACUGCUCCUUUAAUGAAUUCAAGUUAUCCACCAUCUGAAUGGUUUAAUGUAGAUUUGCUAUAUUUUUAUAGUAUGUCAUGUUAAAACAAAGCCGUGCUGAUUAUAUGUCUGUAGGAUUAUAAGGGAAACACACCAUUAUUGGUGUAAAAAUGAAUCCUAUAUAUUUUUUUUUUCUUCCUGAAAAAAGAAACUAAUGUUUAUGGAGUUUGGUGCUAAUAAAAUGGGCAUCCUUAAUAUAAUAGCACGGUAAUGUGAAGCAUGACCAUGCAGCUUCUUGCUUCCUACGAAUUCUUUAAAUUAUGUAGUGUACCUUUAAAGCAUUAGCUAAUAUUUCAACUCUUUAAUUGCAAUAUGUCCAAUCCAUUCAAUGUGUGCUAUUUCUGCCUUUUGAAGGGUAAAUAGGCCUUACGAACCCAUGAAGUGUAUGCAAAUCCAUUUCCAUAUGUUGACCUGCUUUGCAUUUCAUUUAUAUGUUAGAGUAAAAAAAAAAUAUAUAUAUAUAUCUAUAUCUAGUUUUCUGUGCUUCUAAAGAACAUAUUGCAGCACUUUCUGAAUAAGCACAGAUUUGUCUUUACGGAGGGGGAAAAAAAGUGCAUUUAUUAUAAAUGUUACACUAUUUAGCUCAAACUGAGCAAAUAAAUGUUUUUAUACUGUCUGUACUCUAAGAUAUAAAUGCCGCACGUUUUUGUUUUUUGUUCUUUACAGAGAUGCCCAUAUGAUGUAUUAUCUACUAACCUAAAUAUUUUUACAAAUAAGAUGUUUUUUUUUGUAAGAAAAUUAUCGUGCUGAUAAAUAUAUAUAAGUAUAUAAAUAUACAUUCCAUCACUUUAUAUUUCAGAUUUUUUUUUUUUUUAGUUCUCACAAUAUGCCAUUGUUAUUUAGAAUAUUUUAUAUCUAUUAAAACAUGGAUUUACAAAUGUGUGAGCAUAAUUUGCAUCAAUUUGACGAUGACUGUUUCUAAUAGUACAUGAGCUAUGGUCCAUUUUAAGAAUAUCUUGUCCGAGUCACUUUUAUUAUAGAAAAUAAAAUCUACAAUAACUCUAUUGUAGCAAAAUAUAGUGUUUAUUUUUCAUGUGAAUUUUUUUUCUUUUUUAUCAAAUCCUUAAACAUUUUUGAUUUCCAAACCUUUUGCAGAAAUGCAAAUCAUGUGCUAAAGCCCUUUUUUUUUUUUACCAUUUUAUGUAAUAUGUCACCCUUUUUUUUUUUUAAUGCAUAGUUGGAUGUCUUGUGUAUUUCUCCUGUUUAACAUUAAUUAAUCUAGAAAUUAUGUCUGCAUAUCAACCUGUAUUGCCACUCCCUUUAUAGUAGGCUCGGUGCAAUCGGAAAAAAAAAUGUAAAUUUUUUUUUUUUCUAGAUAUCUACACUUUGUAUUUGAAUUCUAUUUAUUUUGAUUUAUUAAGUCGCGAAAAAGUAAGGUUUGAAUGUAUUGUUCAAAUUGUAGCAGAAACAAUCAUCUCACGGUGAAAUAAAGUAAUUCCAGUAUUAACCCUUUCUCUGUCAGACCACAGUUCAAUGCUGACCCCUCUCACAGGCAAAGAGUUAAAUGAUCUUGAUGAGUGUCUGCGUGUGUGUCUGUAAAUAUGUUUUUGUACACUUGUUAGUGUCCGCUGUAUACAGACAUGUUUACAUUUUAUUCUGUAUUUGACUAUUUUACAUUUGUUUCUUUUCAUUUAUAAAAAGAUAGACUGUGUCAUCAUUGCCAAAGGAUUUUUUUUUUUUUAUUAUUUCUUAGCGAACAGAUUUUUUUCAAAGACACAUUACUUUAAACCGUCAUGUUUUUCCUUUAUUUUUAAUUUGUUUUCUUGUUUUUUUUUUUCCAUUGUAGACAGCAAUUGUAUUACAGGCUUCAACACGUACUAAAAAUUAUAAUGGUUCAUAGUGCAAAAAAAUAAAGCUACUAUAAUUUACUGAAUUAUUAGCGUACUGCCAUCAGACACUUACUGCUACUUUUUUCAUAGUUUUUUGAUUUUUUUUUAUCAUUAUUAUUAUUGUGAUUUUUUUUUUACAGACUAUUAUACAUUCCAAAUUUAUGUAAUUUAGUGGAGUCCUUGUUAGAGACAUGUUGCUUUGUAUCUUCAUUGUAAUUUUGAGGUAUCUUCUACAAUAUAAUAAAAUUACCCUGCUUAUGUAUAACUAAAUUGUUACUAUGAAAUAGUUAAUAUAUUUAAUGUCCAAUAAAAAGUAUAAAAAUGUUUAUAGGGGAGUUUGUUUCUUGGGUUGUAGUUUUCAAACUGCAUUUUUAUAAUGUUAUAUUUUUGCAGAACAAGGCUUACCCUGCUGUUAUUCCCCUUAGAACUAAUCUCUCAUGUUUUUAUUUUUUGCCUAAUAAAAUUCUUCUAAUUCUGUCUAAAUGUUGUGUCUUUGUCCCUGGCCUAUACUAACAUAUCCUAUUUUCAGACGACUGUUGUGUAAAUGUAUGGACUUUAUAAAAUUAUAAUACUGCCUGAAUAUUGAUUGGCUACCUCCCACUAUUAAACCUCAUUGGUCGAGAUUUGUGAACACUCGCAAUAAAAAAAAUUUUAGGGGCUGAACGGUCUCUGUACCUUUUGAACUUUUUAUAAAGAUAGAAAAGCUAGUUUGACUGUGUUGGAAUUUCUUUCAAAUUCCAAUACAAUGAAAAGAUAUACAUGAGACAAAGUAAAAACUAUCAAAUUACUCGUGGCAAACAUCGGCUCCUACGGC